AUCCAAUCACAGCAGUCAGGGGGAGGGAAUCUGAUCGAAUGAGAGACUCCCUCCAAACCCCUUGUGCUACCGGGAUCUGCGACUGAAUGAUUCCUGCCGAAAGAAAGUGAGUAAAAGCAGCUGGUGAUAGCAAAAGGGCGUCACAGCACGGCGAUGACGUCAUACAAUGGCUUUGAGGGUGACAACACACACACAUACGUGCAUUGCCUAAUAAAACAAGAAACCUUAUGGUGGGCAGCAAUGCAUCGAUAUUCCUAUUAAAAUUUAUUAAAUCGUAGUGCUGUCACUAGAACACCCUUUUAAUGAAGCAUGCCAAUAAAAGGUAGAUUUUUCACCGAUGGAGGAUAUAUUGCAGUUCAAAGUCCUGGAGCACUAGUUAUCCUGAAAGGGCUGGGCUAUCAGAGCAUGAUAAUAAUGUCAUGUUAUUGUUAUGGAUUUCCUUGGCUACACACUAAAUUGUGCAUCGUUAUAAUGUCAUACUCCCCAUGAGUCGCUAUUUCUUGCCUAAAUCCCUCUAAACCUCCUUUUUUUUUUUAGUUAUGUCUCUCUUGUAGGUGCUCAGCAUUUUGUAAUAUGUUGUAGGUGCUUCAGCAUUUUGAAAUGUUGAAAAGGUAUGUAAUGCUCUUCUCUUCAUAAUUAUGUGGUGCCUUUUUGACCACACUCUGUCAUAACAAUCUCAUCAAUAUUAGGUUUUAUGGAGCCAGGAGGUUGCUGACCCCUGCUUACCUUCAGUGGUUAAACUGUUCACAAAAGGUUUAACCCCAAAGUCUAUGCUACACCAUUCCCCUCUGCCCACCCACCAUCGUAACUCUUUCUGAAACACUUAAAGGGAUAUUUAUAGUGUAAGAAAUACAAACCUGUAUUCCUCAUACACUAUAGUUUCAUCUGGUCCCUCUCUCCCUUGUGCCAGCCCUGCCAAUAAAGGGUUAAAACCUGUUAUUUACUCUCCCGAUUUCAGCUCCCAUUUCCCUCGGCUCUUGGUCGGUGCCUUACUUCCUCUGACGUCACCUGACGGGGGGACUAAUGCGCAUGUGCUGCGAGCAUUGCGAGCGCACCAGGCACUCCCCAUUUCUAUGGGAAUUUAAGUGACCAUGGAGGUCCUCAUGCAGAGCAUGGGGAUGUGCAGCGUCAGGCGACCAAAAGUCGCCUAGCAAGUAGUAAGUGCCUCUUGUGACUUUCUGACAGCCACUAGAGGCAGCCUUAUUUUCUUAAAAACUGCAUUGUUUUACAUUGCAAGACUAUGUCGGACACUGCACCCAGACCACUUCAUGAGUGAAGUCUCUUUAAUAACAGAAGGCUCAGACAGGGGUGUGGCUGAUUGACUUAGAGCGGUGAUGCUCUAAGCCAUUAGUAGCUUUCCAUUCAUAAAAGUUGCUUGACAAAGGUGACUGGUGCUAUAUAAUGUUAAUGUACUUUUACUGUAGCGUAAUAUAUUCACCAUUCACCAAAUUGUAAGGAAUUUAAAUCUUAAUUGCCAGUUUUAAGCAAAACAAUUACUGAUUUGGGAAAAUUAUCCAGCUCACAUACAUAUGCAUAUUGGUUCUUUAUCCUAUAUUUUUCAAUAUUUAUCGUUGAAAGGAUUUUUCCUGCCCCCCCCCCAUAUGCUCGGCCCACGAUGUGAUAUCACAAACCAAUAUGCUCUGCCCAUAUCAUGACAUCACAUAUGUCCCACCCCUUUCUCAACAUUUAAAUUAAAAUAGUUAGAAUGGUGAAGAAUAACUACCAUUACUUAAGCCAUUGCUAAAGAAACAAGCUUGUGUAUUAGAUUGUUUGGUGGCUCGUGAAUUUCAUAACUUCAUGGUUUCUUACCCAAAUUCAGUUCUUUAGUGCAAAGAAAACUACUGAUUUGUAAAAAUGAUCUACAUCAGUUAUGCUUUCAUUUAAGCUACUUUGACCUUAAAUUUAGAGAAGUCCUGCGCUCACUGCCAUCACUACUGGGCCGUCAGCAAUGACUACAGUACACAUCAGCCCCAAUAUAUAGUAAAAACCAAAGAAAAGAAAAAGUUACCUGCACUCUCUUAAAUUUAGAAUUCACUUUAAAUUCUCAUUUUAGUGAAUAAACCUGUAGCUUUUGGUUCAAGACACCGACAAAUUGCAGAAAAGGCCACAAUGUAAAAUAAUGUGUGAAUUUAAAUUGUUUAAUACAUAAACAUUCUGAAAGUGCAAUACAACAUACAGUUGUUAAGAGAAAAAUACAUGCCACACAUUUUUUAUUAUAAUGACAAAAUUGCAUAUUAGUGCAACAAUAGAAAUGGUAUGGUCAUUCAAAGAACUCCAAACACAUAGCAAAAUAAAUAUAUAAAUGCAGCAUACAAUUUAAGUGCUAUACAACUUUGUAAACAGCUUCAACAACUUUGUAAAAAACCUAAAUAAAUAUUUUCUAGCACUUAUUCUCAAUCAAUCUCUCAGUCAAUCUCCUGUGCCGUCCGAUUGUCUAUUGAUAUCAUGGCAAGUCCCACAAGCUGUUCUUGGGAUAUUGAAGAACGCAGAUAAUUUUUUAUAAUUUUCAGCUUCACAAAGCUUCGCUCACCUGUGGCAACAGUGAUUGGUAAGGUCAACAUAUUUCGAAGUGCAAUUACCACAUUUGGAGCAAAUCCAUUCCUCACUGUGUAGGCCAAAAUAUUAACAGGUGUCAUUGUACGUUUUAUAACAGAAGCCAAGACAGCAAGUUCUUCACACAGUUGCCAGACUCCUUUGAUUUUGCAUCGUUUAAGACAUUCUGCAAUUCCAUGCAGAACUUCAGGAGUUCUUUAUGGACAUCUUUUAGCUUGUGGAUGUCAUACAAAAAUUGAAAAUGCGUGGAAUGAAAUUUCAGCUGUUCAUAUCUUUCAUGUACAGAUUUUCUUGUUGUGUCUAAUAUAGAGAUGUCGCGAACCGUCCGCGAACUUCUCGCGAACGGUUCGCCGCGGUUCAUCACGAGCUGUUCGCGGAGAACUCCGGUCAGCUGACACAUGCCGGCCAAUCUCCAGCAGACCCUCCCUCCCAGACCCUCCUACUUCCUGGACAGCAUCCUGGAUGCUGUCCAGGAAGUAGGAGGGUCUGGGAGGGAGGGUCUGCUGGAGAUUGGCCGGGAUGUGUCAGCUGACCGGAGUUCGCCGCGAACAGCUCGUGGCGAACCGUUCGCGAGAAGUUCGCGGACGGUUCGCGACAUCUCUAGUCUAAUAUUGUGAAGAAACAUUCCACUUUAAAUUUAUUUUUAGGAUCUAAGAUAGGAUCAUCUGGAACCUCAUACAAAAACAACCUUUUUUUCCCCUCUUCUUUUUUUCAAAUUUGACAAUUUUUAUUGUUUUGUCAUUCAUCAGAAACUUGAGGGUACAGAAAAAGAGAGAGGGGGAGGGUGGGGGGGGGAAGAGGUUGCAAGUAUAUUAAGGAUUUGUACAAGGUUUUUAUUACAAACAGUCUCUUGGGACACAGUUAGCAUUGCAUAUAUUACCAUUUAACAAUAUUUGACAAUUGGUAUUUGUACAUUCCAUAUCUGUGUAAUUGAAUGAGAGGGUUAGAACCUUUCCUAAUGCUUUGGUAGUAACAUUUGCUAUGUCUUCUCAGGGGAGGUAUGAUAUGUUCCGGGGGUUUUAUAGGGGUUGUUCAAGCUACAAGUUGGGUUUACCUUACUGACCUCUUUUGGUGUUUGGAGUGGUCGUACUCCUUAGUGUCAGUUUAUUCAACGUUCCCGUGUGAUGGGGUAGUAUUUGUUGGGGGUUCGGUCUUUGUGUGGGCCCGUGAUUUUGGUCGUUAGGUCGUCUCACGGCAGGCGGUUCUUUUUUCCCUCUUCUGAGGCACUUGAAGGAGGAACACUGGGGCGAUUUCUAUUUCCACUGCUAGCUCUCCUGCUUCUUUAAGUAAAUCCUCAAAACCAUCAUCUGUCUAAUAAGAUUGAAAGAAUUUCUUGAUUGAUUCCAAAAGUUCCAUCUGGCAAGUACAUUGACUGGCUUCGAAGAACUUUGCUGACAGAAUUAAUUUGACUUAAUGUUAAACCAAAGAAUGAUAAAACACAAGAAUUUAAACUUGUUUAACUCUUUUGCCAAGGAUGAAGCCUUAAUUCUUACAAGAGCAGCAAAAUUCACAUCACCUCCGAUUUCAAUUAAGGUGUCAUACACUUCUCCAACAUGGAACCUAAAUGGCCGAAUAGCAUCAAUUCUGCUUGACCAUCUAGUAUUGGAUAGCGGCUUAACUGUCAGCUUACUCACAUUUUUUUAGAACAUCCCAUCGAUUUGUUGAACCUGAUAAAAAAAAAAAUAUAUAUAUAUUUUCUGAAGAAUGUCAAAAAAUUUACUGGCAUCCCUACAGCACAUAGCAGCAUCAUUUACUACAAGAUUUAAGGAAUGAGCACUGCAGGGGACAUAGAAAGCACGUGAGUUCAGGUCCAUGAUUCUUUUUUGUACUCCUGAGUGCUUGCCCUUCAUGUUGGAGCCAUUGUAAUAUCCUUGAUCUCUCAUAUCAGUGAGAGGUAUCUUCAGCAUUUCAAGCUCAUUCAAAAUUGCCUCUCUUUAUCCUUCUCCAGAUGAGUGAAGGAAACCAUGGAAUCUUUCCUCAAUGUGUAUUUCAGGAUUUGCAGUUGGUGAGUCUCCUUGCUUAACAGAUACAAACCUGAAAAUCAUAGUUAUCUGUUCAACAAGAGUGAUGUCAGGGGUGCAGUCAAGUAUAAUGGUAUAAUACAUGGCAUCCUUAAGCAACCACAGAAUGCAUCUCCGUAUUUCUUUUGAAAUUAAACCAAUUAGGUCAUUUUGAAUGUCUUUUCCUAAAUAAUGCUGAUGAAUUUCUGAAUUCUGUAUCUUUUUCAAGUGGCUUUGCAUCACACUAUCAAAUGUUGCCAUCAUUUCUACAAGUUUCAAGUAAUUUCCAUUGUUUUCAGAGUACAGCGUGUCACUGCUGCCCUUGAAGGCCAAGCACUGCUUCCCAAGGUAUUGAACAAUGGCUACAAGCCGCUGAAGAACAUUCUGCCACUGCUGCGUUUCAGUUGCCAAUAAUCUUUGGUAUGAAUGGUCAAUAGUACUUUCUGACCCAAGCCUUGUUAACAGUUCUGUCCAGUCUCCCGUAGAAGUGAGGUGAGAUGGAGGCACUUCAUGUUUAGCCAGACACGGGGACACAUUUUUCCAAUCAUUGUAGCUUCCCGUUGUCAGGCUCAUUUUCGUAGUUGUAAAGCGUUUACAACAAAAGCAAAAUAUUUUGUCCAGUCUAGGAGAAUAACUAAGCCACUUUCUAACAUGCACUUCAUCAUUUCCAUCUCUUGGAUGCAUCUUUAGGAAAUGCAAAGUGCUUUUUUGGCUUUGCUGGACAUUUCAUAAUGAUGGUUUCUUUUAGUGAGCUAGUAAGCGUAUCAGGCCAGUCAGCUGGAUCAAAGAAGUCUACCAGCGUGCUUUUUCCAUGUUCAUCUUCUGAUGAUGCUGAUUUCUGUGAACUCUCUUCUUCGGUGUUUGUAUCACUUUCUAUACCCAAAUAAUUUUCGCCCACAGUUGAAGUAGAAGGGUGUGGUUCGACCUCUACAGCUUCACGAUUCUCUUUAGUUUUUGCACUCGUUUACAGGAAAGCAGCACCAGACAAUAUCUUUCGUGCUGGUGGUGCAUACAUUUUGUUCAAUUAUCAAAAUAACUAUUGUAAAAUAAAUGUACAUCAAAAAUUAUUAAUAUUCAAUUAAUACUCUCUUUGAUGAUCACCAAACCACAAUAAUACCUGAAAAUCAUUUAGAAACAUACAUAUGUGCAUGUGCGUGUGUGUGAAAGAGGCAAAAAUAUAUGUGUAUGUAAGAUUAUGGCUUAGUUUUGAAUGUAUGAGAGCAGUUGAUGUAAACAUGAAGAAUUAAAAAUGGAGAGGGCAAGUGAGAGCUAGCACCCCCCAUGCACAGACACACAAUCCUACACCAUCACAACAUAAUUACACAAUUACACACAGUCACAAACAUUCACCUACGGUCAUACAUGGUCGGUCACAUUACAAAGUUACAUACAAAGUAAUUCAUUCAAUCUUCUAUCUGGGUCCAUGCAACAAAAUGUAAUGAGUUACUCUGUGUACCCCCCUCCUUCUUGUCACACAGGGGGAACUAUUCCUAUCGCCCCCUGUUGGCACACCACUGAAGUGACAAUGUUUCAGCCUCAAAAUACAGAUUAGGGAACAGCGCACAAAAUCCAGUUUUAAUUUUUAUGAAGCUACUUAAAAUCACCUAUACUAGCAAAAAAAAAUAAUUGGGGUUCAGUUACACCAUAUGGCGAUAUUGUGUUAAGUCCAUCACUAUGUCACAGUACCCCAAUAUCCGUGGGUCCUACACUAAUUUUAACAUGGGAGAUUAACAUGCUUGCUCCAGUACUUACUGUCUAAACUGCUUCCAGGACCCACUGAUAUUUGCGUACUGUGAUCAAUCAGCAUCUCAUAAAAAAGAUGCAGUGAGUCAAUGCAUCUCUAUGGGGAGCGUUCAGCAUUUCCAUGCAGAUUGUGGUGACACUGAAUUUGUUCUUUUGAUCUUUGCAGGGCCUCCUCCAGAAGCCUGUGGGACAGCCACUAAACACUGACUUUCACAUAAAAGCCAGUAUUCACACUGUAUUAAUAUAGGUUAUAUUAAUACAGCGCAAUGAAGUGGUCUGGGUGCCAGGUCCCUCUAGUUUUAACACUGCAGCUGAAAACAUAGCAGUUUCAGAGAAACUGCUCUGUUUUACUGAGGGUUAAUUCAGCCUCUAGUGGUUGUCUCACUAACUCGCUGGAGAAAGGUAAGUGGCUGAAGGGGCCCUGAGUGUGGGGGGGGACCUAAUGAGCCUAUAGAGCCAGGAAAACAGGUUUGUUUUCCUGGCACUAUAGUGCUCCUUUAAGCUGUAGUGGUUCGUGCCUAUAUUGUCUCUUCAAGGUAAAAAUAGCCAAUCUGGCAAUUGGUUGAAAUUAGGUGUUUUCCCCCAUUUGGCUAUUGUGACGUUCACUUUGAUUCCCAAAAAAUCACACUUUUAUAAAUUAACCUGAUAAAAACAUAGUUCAAAUUGUAUGUUUUAUUAAAGAGACUUUUUUUUAUGAACCAUUACAACUACAUAGCAUAGUGGUCUGACACCGCCCCCCAUGUAAGUAGUCAAACCGUAUUAGAGUGGUUUGACUUCUUACCUUACCUGGCCCCAGUGGUGUAUUUAGGAUUUGUGCUGCCCUAGGCAGGACGGUGCUCGGGCAUUCUUCCCCCCCAAUUAAAAUUUUCCCCACCCCUUCCUGUCAAGGCCGCACUUUGGCUGACAGACGCUCACUCAUUGACAGACACACACACUCUCAUAUACACUGACAAACAAUGACAUACACACUCACUGAUUUGACACACUGAUAGACAGACACACACUUAUUUGGACACACACUGACGGACUCACACUCAAUGACGGACGCACACUCUAACUGACGGAUGCACACUCGCACUGACAGACGCACGCACUCACUGACCGACACAUUCACUUACAGACACACACACAUUCACUUAGACACACACACUUACAGACACACACACACACACACUCACCAUUGGAGUGCGCAGCCUAUUGCAUUAAGGUGUGCACCCUAAAGCACAAACACACACCGAAUGUAUGUAUGUGUGUGUGUGUGUGUAUUUAUUUAUAUAUAUAUAUAUAUAUAUAUAUAUAUAUAUACACUGUUGUUUGUGUGUGUGUGUGUGUGUGUGUGCUGUUAGUGCGCUGUGUGAGGGUGCUGUUAGUGUGUUGUGUGUGAGGGUGCGGUUUGUGUGUGAGGGUGCUGUGUGUGAAGGUGCUGUGUGUGUGUGUGGGUACCGUUUGUGUGCUGUAUGAAGGUGCUGUUUGUGUCGUGUAUUUGUGAGGGUGCUGUUUGUGUCGUGUAUUUGUGAGGGUGCUGUUUGUGUCGUGUAUUUGUGAGGGUGCUGUUUGUAGGUGCUGUGUGUGUGUGGGUGCUGUAUGUUUGGAGGGAUUGUGAAGGUGGGGGCAGAUUAGUAAAUAUACCCCCUCCCUUCUUACCUUAUGUAGGGAGGGGAGAUCCUUGCUGCCAUGUGCCAUCCCUGGUGGUCCAGUGGAGAGUGAACUCUAGCCUGCGGGGCUAGAGUUCACUCUCGCGACAUCUGAGCGUUGCCGUGGCAAUGCUCAGAUCUUGCGAGAGGAACCUGGUGGAGCUUCUUUCUAGGACCCGGGUCCUCUCCUGCCUCCCUCCCUGCUGCUAUGGGCCGGUGAGGUAGGUCUUUGAUCUCCCCGCCGGCCCAUUGAGGCUUAGAGCAGAGCCGCCCUUUAGAUAGUGCCGGCUCUGCAUGAGCCGACAGGGGAGAUCCAGAGAUCACCCAGUUUGCCAUGUAUGACAAACAGAAGGUUUCAAUUGUUUUAUACUCUACUUUUGGAUACUUACAGACUCCAGGACCCUUCAUAACUUCACUGUUGUACUCUUGUGCAUGCACAAGAGUAUAGCACUGAUGUGACUCCUUGCCAGAAUCUGAAGAAGAACAAUUGAAACAUUCUAUGUUUCUAUCAGAGUAUAGGAUAUUUUAUACCCUUCUAACCUCAACAUCUGAGGAAAGGGAUUUAGGAGUAAUUAUUUCAGAUGACUUAAAGGUAGAUAGACAAGGUACUAGAGCAGCUGGAAAUGCUAGCAGAAUGGUUAUAUAGGGAGAGGUAUUAACAGUAGAAAGAGAGAAGUGCUCAUGCCAUUGUACAGAACACUGGUGAGACCUUACUUGGAGUAUUGUAUUGUGGGGAUAUUUAUGGGAUGAUAAUAGUAAACAGUGAGAAUUGCCCACUAAUUCAAUUCUCAGAUCCCAAAGAUCGUUAUCGUGUUAAGUGGAAUGUAUUUCAUAUAAAUAAUAUCACAAUGUUAUAAAAAUAGAUUUAUUUUAUAAUAACAAUUAAUUAAUUAAUUAAUAAUAAUAAUAAUAAUAAUAAUAUGUAACAUGCGUGACAAUAAUCAAUGAAUAUCCAGUAUAAAAUGGUAUGCAAUACAAUGGAAUGGGUAUACACGUUUCAAUGGCUAAACAGCAUUUUCUGUCAAGACUUAUACGAUUUAUGACUAUCUUUCACAGGGAGAAAGUAAAAGUUUCACGCAGAGAACAGAAUUCCUCAGAGUGCAGCGUAAGGUCGUAAAGUUUAGCUGACAGUUAAAAUAACCCUUUCAAUGCUGGCUAGAUCUCCUAGGUAAUUAAGAUCUAUUCUUAUGUAAUUUUAAAUAAAAUAACAUUUAAACCAGUUCAUUAGUCAUUUCCUGGAACCAUCCAAUAAGAGAAUCUACCAUAUUUUAUAAAAGCAGAAUUUAAUUUGUCUAAAAGAUAUCUUAUCUUAAUUUAGAGCAAAUCAAUACACCUGGAUAAAAACAGCGGUAUGCUAACAUGUGAUAUAUCACAUUAAUAUAUAAUUAUUCUUAAUUCCACCUGCAGAAUGGAAUGUUUAUAACUAUAUAUUCUUUAGUUAACUAAGAUUUCUUAAUAUGGAAAUCUGACUGUGAUUUAUCCAGUCAUAUAUCAUGCUAUUAGUAAAUUUUAAUUCAUUAAAUGAAACCAGUAUAAUUACCAGUUGAGUAGAUAUUUUAUCCGAUUGGUAGUCUCAGGAACUUGUUUGGAUGUCUCUCUGCAUGGAGGUGUGUAGGAAUUUCUGAGUGUCCUAGAGUGUCAUUGCUCCCCACUGCUCACUUCUUUGCUUUCUUUGCAUACCCUUGCAUUCAUCGUCUACCUUCUUCUUUCUCCUUCGCAUACCCCCUGUCUUCCCUUUGUCCUAACUUUUAAAGGGAAAAUUCACUAGUUGCUAAACCAAUAGCAAUACUGGGGGUGUGGUUAUCUUCCAGAUCGCAAUUUAGUUAUUUGGUCUAUAGAGGGCAGUCUUGUCCCAUUAAACAUACCUAUCCAGGAAAGAGUUAACUUUUCUUGGUGGCUAUUUUGACAUCAUUUUGCGUUAUCUUUACGUUUGCUAUAACUUAGAUUUGCUGUCAGAUCAAACAGUUUCUUUAAGUUUUGUCCAGACUAUGUGUCUGGCAAAUUCUGAGUUUUGACCCGUAACUUACAAUGGGACCUUAUACAUAUAGAAAGUAAAAUUUUAUUAUUUAAUCUCCUCUGUCACAAAUGUCUGGGUUUAGAAUUGAUCUAUUCCAUUAGCAUUUAGACAGUCUGUCCAACCCCCGUUCUCCUUAUCACUUGGUUUGUAUAUACCAUGCAUUCCUUUAGCUCUGGAAAAGUGGUUAGUUUUACAGAUAGAAAUCUUGUGCCUUUUGUUAACUUGGGAAUAACAAAAUGGAGUCUGGUCUGUUCAGAGUGACUCAAAAUAUACACUUUUAAUUUCUAUCAUAGCACAAGAUGUCUGCCGAUAUAAAUACCCUGACAGUACGCAGUACUGGAGACCGUAUCGCCCGAAGGAUAUUGAUACUUUGGAGAGAGUUCAGAGAAGGGCUACUAAACUCGUUCACCUUUGCAGAAUAAAACUUACCAGGAAAGGCUAGAGGAACUUAACAUGUAUGCCUCACCCUUCUGUCAGUCCCUACAUUGGCUUCCUAUAAAAUAUAGAGCUCAAUUUAAAAUUCUGGUUCUUGCUUUCAAAUCGCUACAUAAUGCUGCUCCCACCUAUCUAUACUCCCUUAUACACAAGUGGAACUCACUUCCCACCUCUGUUAGAUGCUCACCCAGUCUCCACUCCUUCAAAAAAUCGUUAAAAACCCACUUAUUCAUAAAAGCAUAUCAAUUAAACUGUUAAUAGCUCCCGCCUGAUUCCUCUUCUGCAACUGUCACUAGUCUAAUACUAUCCUUACCUUUUUGUGUCAUUUUACCCUACGCCCUCUAGCAUGUAAGCUCAUUGAGCAGGGCCAUCAACCCCUCUGUUCCUGUGUGUCCAACUUGUCUGGUUACAAAUACAUGUCUGUUCGUCCACCCAUUGUAAAGCGCUGCAGAAUUUGAUGGCGCUAUAUAAAUAACAUAAUAAUAAUGUAUAGCUUGGAGGAAAGACGAGACUUGGGGAUAUGAUAGAAACAUUUAAAUACAUAAAGGGAAUCAACACAGUAAAGGAGGAGACUAUAUUUAAAAUAAGAAAAACUACCACAACAAGAGGACAUAGUCUUAAGUUAGAGGGGCAAAGGUUUAAAAAUAAUAUCAGGAAGCAUUACUUUAGUGAGAGGGUAGUGGAUGCAUGGAAUAGCCUUUCAGCUGAAGUGGUAGAGGUUAACACAGUAAAGGAGUUUAGGCAUGCGUGGGAUAGGCAUAAGGCUAUCCUAGACUGAGGAUAAGGCCAGGGACUAAUUAAAGUAUUUUGAAAUAUUGGACAGACUAGAUGGGCCGAAUGGUUCUUAUCUGCCGCCACAUUCUAUGUAUCUACCCCCAAAAGCCACAGGUACACUUUAAAACAUCACCAGCUGAAUAUUUCAGCUCUUGAUAAAGUUACUACUUCAUUCACCAGCUUCUAGUGAACUUUUUGUGUAGAAAACAGUGAGAAUAGAACAUAAAACUCUUUCCACCAAAACCACUACAAAAAGCUGCAGUAUAAAAGAAAACAACAAAUCCACCCAUCAAAACAAACUGUAACUUUACACAUUACGCCUUACAUGACCUUUAAUAUAUGUAGUACUAUAAAUAAUUUCAUAGACCGUGGUUUAUAUACAAAAAGUGUCCGUUCUGGUGUUAACAUGGAAAAGGGGUGGAGUCAGUAGUGUAAUGUGCCUGCUGGUUUCACUAGUUCUUAUAGUAAUUGCCCCACAUUUCGUAAUUUAGACCAAAACACGUUUUAUUCGUAACCGUCUUUAUGUAUUUGUGUGUGGGGCAAUACAUAAGUGAAAUUCUUUUUAGAACGGUUUAAGAUUUUGUUACAAUAUUAUUUUCAAAAUACAUAACUUUUAGUAUAAGGAAAACACAAAAAUGGACAAGCGCUAAGGAAACAACUGACUAGACUUAGGCAGCAAACACUGGGGAUACCCUCAUACCCUAAAAAUAGACAGCAUAAAAUACUAAAAGAAACAGGUUGCCCCAAAAGGUGUGAAUAGAUAGAAUAAUAUAAUAAUAUAAAAAAGUCCAAAUAUUCACAGUCCAAAUAUCACAAUCCCAGCUGUUUCUGGGUUCUUGGGCAAUGUUUGUUCUUGGUUAAAGGACCACUAUUGCCAGGAAAACAUACUCGUUUUCCUGGCACUAUAGUGCCCUGAGGGUGCCCCCACCCUCAGGGACCCCCUCCCGCCCGGCUCUGGAAAGGAGUUAAAACUUACCUUUUUUCAGCGCUGGGCGGAGAGCUCUCCUUUCCGAUCCUCCUUCUCUCCUCCCCGUCGGCUGAAUGCGCACGCGCGGCAAGAGCUGUACGCACAUUCAGCCGGUCACAUAGGAAAGCAUUCAAAAUGCUUUCCUAUGGACGCUGGCGUGCUCUCACUGUGAAAAUCAAGUCAAUGAGACAGCCACUAGAGGAAAUAGGGGAAGGCUUAACCCAUUCACAAACAUAGCAGUUUCUCUGAAAAUGCUAUGUUUAUGAAAAAAUGGGUUAACCCUAGCUGGACCUGGCACCCAGACCACUUCAUUAAGCUGAAGUGGUCUGGGUGCCCAGAGUGGUCCUUUAAGGUACUUGUAAAUAUAUGUAGGGAGACACAUAAUGACAAAUAAUAGUGCAUACAGUUUUGGCAGAGAAAUAGGACUCACAACAGUAGUAUAUGAGCUAGCACUCACAUGUUAUGGAGCUUAAACUAGCUCUAAGUAAAUUUGCUUGCAGUGGUACAAUCCCCACUCAUGGAUAUAACUUUUGAGGCGAAUAUCUCGAUGUGCAGGAAGUAUAUAAAAGGAGAAGAAUAUCUCUGCAUGGGUGGUGUAAUCCCCACCAGGGAUAUGAUGGUAAAUAGUUGUCCAGAUCUGAAGUUAAGCGUGCCAGGAACAAAUAAAAUAGUAAAAUUGCAUACAACGUGUAAUAAAUGGAUAAGCAACCUUUUAGUAGUACAAUGCCAAAACAGGAUCUUGAAGUCCCUUGGUGUGCUGGUCCUAUUUUUUUUAUUUAUUUUUUAAAUUGAGGUGUGUAUGGUGUAAAUACAAUAAAUCAAUAAACUGCAAUCUUUAAGUUUGGAUUCAAAUAUUGUUGAAUGGGUAAGGCAGUGGCUGAGUAACAGGCAACAGAGGGUUGUAGUUAAUGGAAUAUAUUCGAAGCUUGGACUUGUCACCAGUGGGGUACCUCAGGGAUCUGUACUUGGACCCAUUCUCUUUAAUAUUUUUAUUAGUGAUAUUGCAGAAGGUCUUGAUGGUAAGGUAUGUCUUUUUGCUGAUGAUACUAAGAUAUGUAACAGGGUUGAUGUUCCAGGAGGGAUAAGCCAAAUGGCAAAUGAUUUAGGUAAACUAGAAAAAUGGUCAGAAUUGUGGCAACUGACAUUUAAUGUGGAUAAGUGCAAGAUAAUGCAUCUUGGACGUAAAAACCCAAGGGCAGAGUACAGAAUAUUUGAUAGAGUCCUAACCUCAACAUAUGAGGAAAGGGAUUUAGGGGUGAUUAUUUCUGAUGACUUAAAGGUAGGCAGACAAUGUAAUAGAGCAGCAGGAAAUGCUAGCAGAAUGCUUGGUUGUAUAGGGAGAGGUAUUAGCAGUAGAAAGAGGGAAGUGUUCAUGCCAUUGUACAGAACACUGGUGAGACCUCACUUGGAGUAUUGUACACAGUACUGGAGACCGUAUCUUCAGAAGGAUAUUGAUACCUUAGAGAGGGUUCAGAGAAGGGCUACUAAACUGGUUCAUGGAUUGCGGGAUAAAACUUACCAGGAAAGGUUAAAGGAUCUUAACAUGUAUAGCUUGGAGGAAAGACGAGACAGGGGGGAUAUGAUAGAAACAUUUAAAUAUAUAAAGGGAAUCAACACAGUAAAGGAGGAGACUAUAUUUAAAAGAAGAAAAACUACCACAACAAGAGGACAUAGUCUUAAAUUAGAGGGACAAAGGUUUAAAAAUAAUAUCAGGAAGUAUUACUUUACUGAGAGGGUAGUGGAUGCAUGGAAUAGCCUUCCAGCUGAAGUGGUAGAGGUUAACACAGUAAAGGAGUUUAAGCAUGCAUGGGAUAGGCAUAAGGCUAUCCUAACUAUAAGAUAAGGCUAGGGACUAAUGAAAGUUUUUAGAAAAUUGGGCAGACUAGAUGGGCCGAAUGGUUCUUAUCUGCCGUCACAUUCUAUGUGCCAUAUUGCACUUUUGUUAUUUAUGGGUGUUGCAGUUACUUUGUAACAUUGUAUUUGUGUGUAUGUGGGCUGUUAUAAUGUAUGCGUUCAUGAGUAAUUUGUGGUAUUGCAGAUUAUACCUAUGAAUAUUGGCUGUGUAUGGGGGCGGCUUGUGAAAUUGUGUGCGCGUGUGGAUAAUAUGUCACAUAGUGUGUUUGGUGGUUUAUGAAUGUGUAGGGCUGUGUGUGGUAUUGCAUGUGAGAGGUUGGUUGUGUGUGUGUAUGUGGAUUGUCAGUGAUGUGUUUGUGGGGACUGUGUGUGUGGGUUAUUUUAUUAUGUGUACGAGAGGGAUGCUUAUUCUGCAGCUCUGUGAAUAUCUAGCAGUGUAGGUGGCUUCUCUGGGGUCCAGUGGGGACCGACUUGGUCAGGUCAAGUGCAGGAGCUGCGAUAGCUGCAGUGGGCUGCUUUACUCCAGUGCAGAUUGCCAUUCUCAAGUGCUGGGAGGAAGUGAUCUGCGAUAAUUACUUGAAGUGCUGUAAUACGUACAUUGAGCAUUGUCCCUCGCCACCUGCAAUCACUGCUCAGAUUGCAUUAGCAGAUAUCUGAAGUCCCACUAGGACUCCUGCUAGGCCACAUCCUGUUUGUCUCUAGCAGGUUGAGUGCUGUGCAAAGUCACCUCAAGUGCCAUGCAUGGCACACGUGCCAUAGGUUGCUGAUCUAUCACAACAAAGUGGAUUAAAACUAAAAAUACUUUAAUGUGUAAAAGAAGUAAAACAUAAAUGUUACAAUCUUACACAAUGCAUUUCACCAAUAAAGACUUGAUCUGGCACAAUGGGAUAUAUAGGGGUAAUGGCAAUUAAAAAUAGCUAUUUUUAAUUGCAUUUUGUGUCUCCCUACAUAUAUUUACAAGCACCUUAAAGGGACCUUAGUCACCCCGACCACUUCAGCUCAAACGUUUACAUUGCAGGGUUAAUCCAGCCUUUAGUGGCUGUCUUCCUGACAACCGCUAGAGGCGCUUCUGCGACGCUGGAUGCAAAAAUCGCAUUCAGCGUGCAGAAAGUCCAUAGUAAAGCAUUGAUAACGGUAAGUGGCUGAAGGGGUUUUAACUAGCGGGAGGGGGGACCCUGAGGGUGGGAGGGACCUAGGGGUUAUAUAGUGUCAGGAAAACAAGUUUGUUUUCCUGACACUAUAAUGAUCCUUUAACCAAGAACCAACAUUCACCAAAAAUCCAGAAACAGCUGGGAUUGCAAUAUUUGGACUGUGACUAUUUGGACUUUUUUAUAUUAUUCUAUCUGUUCACACCUUUUGGCGCAACCUGUUUUUUUUAUUUUAUUUUUUAUUUUAUAACUUUCAUUAUACUUAAUUUUGUUAUCUACUUAUCGCUAUCCAUUUGUAACCACCUCUUUUCUGUCAGCAAUUUUUUUUUGUCUUUUACUGUAAGAGUAACAGGAAACUUGGAGACAUAAGACAUAACACCUGUAUGUAUAGUAAUGAAAUGCCUAGUGAAUAUAAUUUGUGACAGACAUCACUUUGUAACGUGUUGUUAAUAAGUACGUUAUUGAAUUAUAGAGAUACUAUUUUGAUUAUUUUUUUAAUGUCUGCAAUAUUGUAUGUUGUGCAUGAUUUUGAAUUUACUCUCCCUGAAAUGAAUUCUUAUAGCCUGUUUGUCAAGACUGUAAAAAGCAGCAAGUAUUCUAGUAUGACUGAAUUAUCCAUUUUAACACCCCUGUGUUGUAAAGGUCAGUGAGAUCAGAGAUGGAUUUCUCUGUGUUGUGUAGUUGGAGGAGCGUGUGCGACAUCAAGCCUGUUUUUGGCAUGCAGCCAUUUUCUAGUUUAAAUUUGUCUGCCCUUGUUUGAAGAUCACAGGGAGACUUGAACACAGUCUGAUUUUAUAGUCCACAAAGCAAAAGUGUGAGACAGAUAAUCAUUAUAUCACAAAGUAGAUCUGCUACAUUGUAUCUUCAAUCUUGCUUCUGUAUGCAGCAUACUGUAUCUUUAGAGUGUGCUGUCACUGAAAACUUGAACCCGUUUGGCAGGUGUGAGUAAGUAUGAGAGGCGUUAUAUAUAGUUUUUUAUUUUUUUUUAAUUUUUUUUAUUAUUAUUAUUAUUUUUCUUUUUUACUUUGGCUAAUAGACUUUCUGAGCUUAGUUGAAAUGAAUAUAUAUAUGGGUGUGUAUUUGCAGUGCUGACUUCUAUUUUAAAACCGCUUUUUACAUAUAAUGCUUGCAUUGGUUUUGUAACCAUGUGUUCUUUUUUUACCCUAUUUAUGUAUACCAUUGUUUGCAAAAUUUGUGCUGUAUAUUGUUUUUAUUAUUAUUUUUAUUUAUUACUUUUUAUUACAAUUUCAGACCUGAAUAGAUAAUAAAGAACAAACACAUAGACAUAAAGAAAUAUAAAUACAAUUUAAUAUGAAAAACUGCAUGAAUGUAUAAAAAAAAAUUAAAAAGUGCAUGAGACUGGAUGUAGACUGUGUGAUCUCCUCAAGACUUAAAAAAUGUACUUGCCAUGGUACAUAGACAGAAAAAAAAACACAUGUAUGAAUUAUACUAGCGCAAACUGGAGAUGAUUAUAUUUUAUUUAAAAUCAGCAUAAAGUUUGGUUCCUUACCCACCUGUCCAUUCCAUGGAUAUGUGCUUUGCGGGAAAGAGCAAGGGGACCUUCCUACAUGCAAUUCUGCAUGGGCUGUCCUUGUUGUUAUUAUUCCUCUGAUGCUGAUGUGUGCUAGAGACAACAACAUACAACAUCUUUUACAGAGAAAGGGGGAGUGCCCCACUGGAAAAGAUAUGUUCUAGAACAAGGAAAAUAGUUACCAACAUUUUAAAUGUUAAGACACUGGGGAAUUGCUAACCAUUAAAAUUGUAAUGGACCUUUUUUUUUUUGUAAAUCUGUUUUAUUGAAAUAAGACAAGGGGAAAGUGAGGCACGCAGGCCUCUAUGCAAAUAAUGAUAAUGAAAUAUAACAUGUGACAGGAGCCAUUUGGGUACAAUUCUUAAACCGUACGUUUUUAGUUACAGUGAAUAAGGUAGUUUAAGUACAUAAACAGACUGUAUGUUGUGUGUCGAGGUAUGCUUAAGUAUCUAGGGAACACCUUUCCGUACCCUUCCUUCACGUGUACGGGGCGGGUAUGAGCUAUAGGUCAGCUUUGGUAAUUGGUAUUUGUCCCCUCUCGUAAUUGUUAUAAGUUACCCUCGGAACCUCCCAGUGUAAUGUCUCAGUCUGUGGUAGUCAGCGUUACCAUGAGUGUCUAUCGCUGCCUUAUUGGUAGUGAUGGGUAAUGUGUUGUUCUAGGGGGUCGGGUAUAAGGGGGUGGGUAGGGUAGGAGGGGAGAGGGGGGAGGGGGGGUAGGGAUGAGGGGGUUACCUCCCUCCCGCUUCGGCAUCUGCUGUGAGCGAGUAUCAUAAGUGUCAAUGAUGUGCUAUUUUGCUUGUUGUUGGGGGUUGAAAGCGCCGGUGUCUUCCAAGUUCGUUUCUCGUAGUCUGUGUGUAUUCCCUGCCUUUCAUGGGUAAUCUAGUGUUGAAGGAGUGUUCCCUCUGUGUGGGUGGGGAGUCGCGCCACGAUCCCUUAUGUUGUGCCCGUUAGUCGUUGCGUAAUGUGUUUGGGCGAUGUUUGCAUUGUCCCUGUCCUUUGUUAGAGCCGUCCGUCUUGCAGUGGGGCAUGUCCACUAGGCGCCAGUCGCUGUUUGAGGUGUUUGCGUGCGAUGUCUGUGGCUUUGAGUGAUGUGUCAGUGUGCGUGUAGUGAUGGCGUUCAUUAUGAUUGCCUGCCUUGACGUUCAGGCUAUCGUGUGUGUGAAGGUGUGCAGGGUGUAUUGAGUAUGCCGUUAUCAGGUGGUAGAUGUCUUUACAUGAGCUGUGUGUAUUUGGGGUGCGUCUCGCCUGGGGGUGAGCAGCGGAACGAGAUCCGGCCGCGAACGGUCGUGGCUCUUCUUCCCCCUCCACCGCCCCCCGGAGGCGCCGGAGUAAUCCGUCUACUGUUUGUUCGCUUACUGUCUGUUCGCUUGGUACACGAACCAUGGUCCCCAGAUCUCCGCGUGCCUGGUUGAGCGCCCCGUGAGGGAAGCUUGGAGUGCCUCUGCCGAUUGUAUGUCCCCUACCCUGUGGAGCCAUUCCGUGUGCGUCGGGGACUCGGUUUUUUUCCAGUAUGCGGGUAUAAGGGAUUUUGCCGCGUUCAGCAAGUGGCGUAGAAUAGACUUUUUGUAUCUGGAGAUGGAGCUUGAGGUCAUGUGUAGCAGGGCUAGUUCCAUCGACCAUUCCAUAUCUUCACCAAGUAUUGAUUUAGUUUCAGUGUGAAUUUGGGCCCAGUACGGUGUGAUGGCUCGGCAAUCCCACCACAGAUGUGUGAUAGUGCCUCUUUCCUCUUGGCAUCUCCAGCACAGAGGAGAAACUGUCGGGAAUAUCCGAUGUAGAGCCACCGGCGUCCUGUACCACAUGGAGAUCAGUUUAUAAUUGACUUCUUGGUAGUACGAGCUGGAGGAACUUUUAUGCUGCCAGAGGAGGGCUGUGUCCCAUUGUGUUGUUGAAAGCUGUUUGUGGCACUGAGUUUCCCAUCGUAGCUUGAAGGUGUUGUUGUCCCUGUUGCCUCCCACCAGAAGGUGUUGAUACAGUGUGGAUACUGCGUUACCCAGUCGAGAUCCUCUAUGACAGAGUGACUCGAACCAGGUUAGCUCUCUGUGCAGGAGUUCCUUAUGUGGGACUGAGUCAUAAAAAUGUACUAGUUGCAGAUAUCUCAUCGUUGUCAUGGGUGUCCGUGCUCUGUCUCCCAGUAGGGAAUCCAGGGAUCUCACCCGUCCCUCUCCCAGUACCUUCCGGAUCGGGAUAUAUUCACCCUCCUCUAUGAAUGUCCAUGCACCGGCCGGGAGGCCCCCUCCAAUUUUGGGAUUGUGCGUGAUCGGGGUCAGUGGGGUAGGCCUCGGGGAGACGAAUGACAGCCCCCGGAUCCGUUCCCAAAUUUUCAGAGUUUGGGUCACUGGGUUUCCGAUCUCAUCUCUCCCUCUGUAUCCCGGUGUCUCCUGCCACACUUCGGCUUUGAGCUUGGCCCCUGAGUCGCCUCUGUCAAGAGUCACCCACUGCUUUGGAUUAUCAGCGGCAUGCCAUUCCAGGAUGCGUUGCAUCGUGGCGGCUUGGUGAUAUUUCCGGAAAUCGGGGAGUGCCAAUCCUCCCUUGAGUCUGGGUAGGCAUAACGUUUCGUAUCGCAAUCGAGACCUCUCUCCCCGCCACACGUAACGUAUUAUUGCUGUCUUCAGGGUCGAGAAGAAGGAUCUAGGUAGUGCCAAUGGGAUGGUUUGGAACAGGUAAAGACUUCUUGGUAACACGUUCAUUUUGAGAACCGCUAUGCGCCCAUGCCACGUGACGUGUGGGUAUGCCCAUUUCUCCAGAUCUGAUGUUAUUGUCUGUAGCAAGUGGGCAAAGUUGUGUUGGUAUAUAUGCUGGGGAUUGUUGGCGAUCCACACUCCCAAGUAUUUCAUCCGUUCAUCACGCCAUUGGAAUGGAAAGCUAUUUUUCAGGUCAGUAUAUUGGUUCGAGGGGAAGGUCACAUUCAACGCCUCACAUUUUGAUAAGUUGAGUUUGAAUCCUGACAACGUACCAUAUUGUUUCAUGGUGGCGAGUAGGCAGGGUAUUGUAAUGCGGGGGUUAGUGAUGAAGAAUAGGAGGUCAUCAGCAUAAGCAGCUACCUUAUGUUCAGAGUCUCUCCACGUGUAGCCGCGGAUGUCAGGGUUUUGUCUUACCGCCUGCAAAAGGGGCUCCAAGGUCAUUGCGAAUAGGAGAGGGGACAGGGGGCAUCCCUGUCUCGUCCCAUUAUUUAUUUCAAAUCUGUCGGUUAGGGCACCAUUGACCCGAACCGCUGCUUGGGGCUUGUCAUAGACAGCUGAUAUCCACGACAUCAUUUUCUGCCCCAAUCCCAUAGCGGUCAGCGUGGCCAUCAUAUAUGACCAGUUGACCCGGUCAAAGGCCUUCUCAGCGUCCGUGGAGAGAAUGAGAAGGUGGUCCCCUGAUUUCCGUGCUCGGGCUUGGAUUGAGAACAGACGUAGGGUGCUGUCCCUCGCCUCCCUUCCUGGGAUGAACCCUGUCUGAUCUGCAUGAAUAAUGCUUGGCAGCACUCGUUGUAACCUAGUGGCCAGUACUUUAGUUAAAAGUUUCGUGUCGACGUUGAGUAAUGAGUUGUAAUGGACCUUUAACCCCUUCAGCUACUUACCUUAAUCCAGCGCCGGGCUCCCUUAGCACUGGUGACCUCUCCUCCCCCGCCGACGUCAGCUCCUCAAUGCUUUCCUAUGGACGUUCUGCACGUUGGAUGCGAAUUUCGCAUCCAGCGUCAGGGAAGCGGCUCUAGCGGCAGUCAGGAAGACAGCCACUAGAGGUUGGAUUAACCCUGCAAUGUAAACAUAGCAGUUUCUCUGAAACUGCUAUGUUUACAUCUGAAGGGUUAAAACCUGGGGGACCUGGCACCCAGACCACUUAAUUCAUCUGAAGUGGUCUGGGUGACUAUAGUGUCCCUUUAAAGAAUAGUCCAUAUAUUUUUUAUCAGCUUGCUCACGGUGCAAGGUAAAGAAGAAAGAAAGUGGCCAGGUUUAAUUGGAAGUAAAAGAGCACUCCAAGUAAAAUAACCACUACACCUUGUAGUGUUUGUUUCCCUGGCAUCAAGGAAUCUUCUCCUCGGCCACAUUGAUAAAGUGCUUGUGCAGUGUCAAUGUUAAUUUCAUCCAACUUGGAACACUUGAAUUAGUAGGAUCAUAGUGGGUUAGCUAAUUGGCAUUUAAAAGAAAGGAACAAAAUGCCUAAAACUGAGUGAGAAAAAAAAACCACCCAACAUAGCUAGUUGCACAAAUUUGGUUGGCAUCUAGGAGCCAGCUAAACAAGUUAGGAGCUAGUUUUUUUUUUUUUCAAACUAACAAAGUUUAAUUUUCAACAAGAAAAUGCAAUUCUUAAAGGGGCACUAAAGUUACCAUAACCACUACAGCAUGAUGUAGUGGUUCUGGUGUCUAUAGCCUGUCCCUGCAGACUUUUUAGUGCAAACACUGCCUUUUCAGUGAAAAAUCUGUGUUUACAUUGCUGCUUAGUAACACCUCUAGUGACAGUCGCUCAGAUCACUAGAGUGUCCUGGGUCACUGCUACACAGUGUGCAGCACCCACGUUCAGUGUCUCCAAGCUCUGUAUGAGUUUUCCUCGUAGAGAUUAAUUCAAUGCAGCUCUAUGAGAAGAUGCGGAUUGGCACAUUUGCUGCGCAUGUGCAUGAUUUGCUGCGCAUGUAUAAUAUCCUCCCAAUGCUUCACUAUGGGAAAGCAUGGCUUAGCUGAGAUCAUAAAGAUUGAUAAUCUCCGCAAUGGAGGCAGCACGGCAUGGAAAAAAAGAUGAGUAAAAACACCUUCCUCAUAUGAUCGGAGGGGGCAGGUACCUAAACACACACUCUCACAGGCUCACACACACACAGUCUGACAGGCUCACAUACACACACUCUGACAGGUUCACAUACACACUCUGACAGGCACACACACUCUUAAACUGACAUUUUUGUUUUAAUUGAAAUCCACUCAUCCUCCCUACCUUUCAGAGAGCUGAGUGGACCUUUCCCUGUGGUCCAGUGGGGCUGCUGUCUAAUCUUCCUGCAGUUUCUCUCUGCGCCCUCACUGUAGUGAUGCCGGGGCCGAGUGGCAUUGUUUUGGAUCAAAGAAAACUUUGAUUAUUUGUCUAUCUACACCUUCCAAAUUGUUUAAUUAAUGCGUGCACGCUUUCCCUAGAAGUAAUUCACACCGGAGACAAAGUUUCUGAUCAGUGAAAAACCCAGGAAUGCUUUAUUCCCCGGAGUGGGGGCUCCUUCUUAAAGCAAAAAUACGUCACAGUUUAAACAUACAGUAUACAUUCACCAAUUGGUUAACAGAGAAAGGGGGCUCUUGUUUAAACCUCCCUACAGAAUGUAGUGUCAUCAUUACAGACUUUUGGAUACACGAUGGGAGGGGGAGUGAGUGGUAUCUAUCAGUUCUAAACCAAUGAUCCUCCAUUUAGCUAUACGUGGCAUAUAGCUGUUUAACUGGCACAAAGGUAGUGGGGGAGGAGUUGGUAAAGGGAGCUGUUAACACAGGAAUUUUGUUUACACAAGGUUUGCUUGAUUUGAAGGGGGAUGCUUAUCAGGAUGAAGAAUUUACAUAGUAAACAGCAACUGAACACAUUGUAGGGGGCGAAGGGAAUAUUUACUCUAGCAGCCAGUUUUAACAUAGUGAACACAGAAUAAAUAGACAUUAGUAAAUAGCCAUUUUAUUUUAAUUCAUCUGUCCAUAACAGUCCCCCCUUAAAAUGGCAAUUUUUACUAAAACUACUAUCUCUCAUUCUAAUACUGUCCCUAUAGAAAAAUAACAAAAGGCUAUCUUGCACAUCUGUCUGAACAGGCCUCGAACACUUCACUGCGCGGGUAACCCCAUAGCAGCUUGUCCACUACUUCUCCCGCGGCAGACUUCUGCCCGUAGAGACAGACGCUAUCCCUAAAUGUCCUUAAGAGGAAGUAGCUGUUGAUUUAGUGCGGUGGGACUGUAAGGGUGUAUGUGGUGUAUCACGGUCGAUAUCGUCAAUCUCUUGGUGAAGGAAGGUCGGGGUGGUCUGGUCGAUUGCCUGAUCAACUGUCUUUUGUAGGCAUUUCUUAAGACAGGGUAACACACAACAAACAAGAAGAGCGAGGAUGAUUAUCGUUAUUAAAAUGGCAACACCUAUUUGGUCCAGAGCACCUUGCCAUUCAGACAUCCAUCCAAACCAUCUUUCCCAUGGAUCUGUGGCCCCAGAAUUUCGUUUCAGUUCAUUGGACAAACUCUUUAACUUUUCUAUUGCCAACGUUACCUUACCAUUAGGGCCUGUAUUAUCUGGAAUAUAGGUACAGCAUGUCAUGGUGUCUGGGAGUAUUUUACAUACUCUCCCUUUUUCUGCUAAAAUCAUUUCCAAGCUUAUUCUAUUCUGGAAGGUCAUCUGAGAGAUAGUUUGUAACCGCCCUAUCCCACCAUAUAUCCCAUAACAAGUAUAGUUCCCGGGCUAUAUAGUAAUGCCUUCGUCUGGGUUAAUAUUUUUAGUAAUGAUUGGGUAUUAAGUUUCCAUGACUCGCAUGCUGACCGCUUAGGUUUAAAUACAGUGUAGAGACUUAAAACGCAUACUUCAUAUCCGGAGGAAGGUUCAGGGAUACUGUACCUGGGUGAGGCCUCGCUCCUCUGCAGACAUAGCAGUUAGACUUGUUAUGUUUAGUAGCAUUGUAUUUCAUCCAUUCAAGUCACAAGUUAGUGUCAGAGAAACCUGUCUCUACAGCCCUCUUAUCCUCAAAUAUGGGAUGACUACCAUGUCUUUUAAAGUCCUAAUGUGUGGUUUGAGGGGAUUAACAGUCAUGUGCGUGGCACCUACCCAUUCAGCUGAGUCAUACAUGUCCUGUAAGAAAAAGGUCUCCUGUUUAUUGUAUAAACCUCUUCCCUUCCAAUUCAGAUUUUAUUAGCCGUAAUGCUUGGGAGAAUAGAUUCAAACUUAGUUUCUUACCUUAAAAUCAUUUGGUACCCCCCUUGACACCCCUAUGGCAUUAAUAUACAUAUAUAUAUAUAUAUGUGUGGGUAAAACCACCCUUUAUAGGGGUACUCCUUUUUGUCCUGAAGCAUGAAUGAGGUGUGUCAAGAGUACCUUGGGGAUUGUCAUGUGUUAUGUGUAUGGACAUAAUAACCUAGGCUAGGGCACAUUUACUUAUUCUUAGAAAUCUUGUCUCAUGCUACCCUAGUACUGGCAGAUUCAGAUCAUUUAAACAUUCAAUAUUAAUAUCACCACAAACUCAAGAUAAGCAGAUGAUCUUGAAGAAGCUUUGACUGUGCGUAUGGCACCUCAGACGUGAGGGCUGCAGGGUAAGGAGUAUGUUUGUUUCUCUUUAGUUUCACGAGGUCCCCUUUUGGGGUAUUCGGCUUUCCAUCGAUGGCAGGUGGUCAGGCAUUAUUAUGGCCAUCAAAACACCCACUUGUUGAUAUUUAUUUAUUUAUUUAUUUUCAACAAGUAUCUUUGUUCUCUAAGAAUGGAGUUUCAAAAAGGAUUGUCAAGAUCAACAAAUGCUACUUCACAUAAUGCAGAGGCAGGCUUGAUUCUGGAAUGAUGAAUCCACGGGGUGAUCUCUGUAACUUUCACAGUGCACUACUCAGCAUGUGGUCUUGGUUAUCACUUUGGUGGCUGGAUAGGCCUCUGGCCAUCCUGAAAACAUGUCUGCUAUAAUUAGUGCAUAGUUGAAUCAGCCAUUCUUUGGCAUUCUGGAUGUAGUCGACUUGACUCCUCUGGAAGAGAUAAUGAGGUUUGGCUAGAUGCUUUGGCUCCAUUCUUCCUGAGUUGCCCUUGGCACAAAUGGCACAAGAUUUACAGUAACUGUUGGUCAGAGAGGCAAUUCCUGAUACUUCAGAGUAUUUAUUGAUCAAAAGAGUUCAUGAGGGUUCUGGACAGAUGCUCCGUAGGCCCACUGGACCACUGCUGAGUAUAUGUUCUUGGGCAAGUAGAACUUGAGAUUGUUGAAGUACAGCCUGUCUUUAAGAGUUGCCCCUUUCUGUUUCCAGCUUGUGGUUUGUUUGGUUUUUCUUUCUUUCCAGGGUCAGUAGCUUGAGGUCUGUGGGUAGGAUCUUACAUGGUGAAUAUGGGAGUUUCUUCAGUAGACACUUUUCUGUCCACUUUCCUUAGUGCACUUACAACUUAUUGAACAACUUAGUCAGCCAGAGAGUUGCCACAUGCUUUCUCCGAGAUCAGUCUUCCUUCAGAGAUCUUGCAUGCUGUGAUGGGAGCCUAUAGCUCAACUUCUUGUGCAGACAUUGUUGAGGUGAGAUACCUGGUCCACUGUAGUGACAGCAAAUCCGGAACAGAUCAUAAGAAAAAUGCUAAUAAAAAAAAAAAUAAUAGUCAGUGUCUUAUCAUUUCCCCCCUUGGGAAGUGGCAGAAGAGUGGCCAGGUAAAUAGAGUAUCAUCCCUGCAGGGUGACAUAAUCCUGCACAGAAUUCAUCCAUCACAAGGAGAGGUGGGAUAUUGCAUGGAAAGUCUCAGGUAACCAGGGCACCAUUCGACACCAGAGCCUUAACCUGUUAGGGAAUAGUAAGAGCUUGGACAGGCUUUGGGGCCUGUAUAAUUCAGGUAAAGGUAUUGGGGGAACUAGCUAGGACCCUUGCCUCUUGGUCAGGUUUCACUGUGUGGAACAAAAUGAAUAAUAAGGUGAUAGGGGCCUGCAAGUGGGGGAAGGACAUCUGCACCUAGCAGAUUAAUUGGACAGGUGAAGGUAACCACAAAGCAAGGCUUAGUUAACAGGCUACUCCAAGGAGAGCCAUCUACACUUAUGCAGGAGACAACAAUGUUAGACAGGAAUGAGGAGUCAGGCAGGCCUUGCUUGGUACAAAUAGAUGUCAUGUGGCCUGCUAUACAAGGCUGCAUAUAGUUAUUGGGCAUGGGCCUUACUAUGUACUAAAACUUAAGUUAAAAGAAAAUUUGGGACAACCUGAAGUGAUGCUUCUCCACAGAUGCUAACUCAUCGUUGAUGACAUUGUUAAUACAGGUAGCCUGAUCAGCCAAUUUAUCUUAGGCUUAAACAAGUCACACCAUGUAGUGGAAUUGGUCAUUAGGAUUCGGGAAAUUCUACAGUAAAAGGGCAUAGUAAGGAUGUACGCGAUGUUACUUUAGGAGUAGGCGUAGCUGUGGAUAGGGGGAAAUCAGCCUUAUCCAUUCCCAUAUAUUAUUCCUUUUGUCUUCAGUAUAUCCAAACCAUGUGUAUGUCCAGGCGUUGCAAUAUACAGUAAUCCAUUAUCAGUCAUGAUAUUAAAAUCUCAUUCUCAUUAAUUAAAUCAAAGAUUUUAAAUCAACCUCAGAAGCAACAAAGAAUAAAUCUAUUGUUUUUUCUUCUGUAAAAUGAUUGGAGUUACUAUAUAAUUGCAUACACCCAACAUAACAUUGCAUGUUCCUCACUGCUACAUUAGUGUAUUUCAUUCUGCCAUAUUUGCAAACUUGAUGUACAUUUUUAUUUUAAUUAAUUAACCUAAUACUUUCUUAAAAUACAUAUAAAACAAUGAAAAAACAGUUCAGACUAACAUUUCAUUAAAACAAACUAACAUAGAACUCUAUUCUUGGCUGUUCUUAAUUCUGGAAUCAGCCUGUGUACCUCUGUUGGCAGACAUAUCCAUGCUCAUUCCCUAAACUGAUCAUAUCUCUUGAAGUUAUCUGAUUCUUAUAACUUUCUGUGUUACGCUGCAUUGUUUGUCUGUCUCCUAAUUUCGAUUUAGCUAAAAUUGCUUUUAUUUGUCUGAUUAUAAGUUUACAAGGAAAGGCUUUAAUUGAUUUAUCUCCACAUGUAUUUUCUCUGUCAAAAUUUUCAAUCAACAAAUUUAAUUUCUCAUUUGCUUUUGAUUUGAUAUCUCGGAUAAAAUAUCUGCAAGAUCUUAAAUAAUGUUGUUUAUUGCACCAAAAACAAAUAACUUUAGGAGUUAUAUUCUGCCCUAUAUUAUCAACUGCCCUAUAUUUAGUUGAAUAAAUUGGGAGGGGCUCAGCUGUCUGUAUCACUCUACACUCUGUCCUAGAAGAAGAAGAAGAAGAAGAAGAAGGAGGACUACGGGGCUGUAACAUCUGCACUUCUUUCUCUGCCUAAAGCCACAAGUCGUUUUAACCCCUUCAUUCUUGGUUUCCCUCCUUAAGUUAUCCAAGAACAAAGCUACUUCUGUCAAAGUGCUUUUUUCUCUAGCUACCACAAUUGCAGUUGGAUCUAGAUCUUGAAAUUUUUUCACAAAUUCAUUAAUUAACUGAUCUUCAGAAAAAUCAGCAACAAGUCUAUAUGCAUUUUCAAAUUUUACAAGAAAACUAAAUAUAUCCUCCCCCUUGUGUGGUUUUAGUUUUUCCAACAUUUCAGUGUCUGCAAAAUCAUUCCCUGUUGUUAAUUUUAUUAAUUGUGUUAAUCUGUCUCGCUUAUUUCCAUAUAUUAUUUCACCAUUGUCCUCAAAUUUUACAAUCGCGGUCAGCCUACAUGCCAUUUGAGUCGGCAGCCAUAUUUGAAAUAGUCUAUUCCUUUGUUCGUCAUUUAGGCUGUAUUUGUCUAAAUUAGACUCAAACAUUUCAGCAUUAGUGAAUGCAUCCACUGACGUGUCAUAAACUGGAAUACAUUUCACAAUUUUCAUUAAUUGUUCAUGGAUCUUCAAAUUAAGUUUUGCAGCUCUGUCUUGAAAUUUAUAUUUCUGCAAAUCACUCUGUGAGGAUACAUUUUCAGUAUCUAUUGGUUCUGGGAUUAGAUUCUGUGCCUUUAUUUUUCUUGUAUUAACACACACUAGUUUAACUUCAUUUCUAAGCUGGCAAAUAAGAUCAUUUCUUAGUUCAACUCUAUCCUCUAAUUCACAGACUGUUUCUGACAAUGUUCUCUCUGUUACAUUGUUACACUGUUCAUUUAAAUCUGAUUUGUCUUCUGUUAACCCAUUCAAAUCUAUUUCUUUUUCUGCUGAUUCUAAAUUUUCUUUACCUGUAUUUCGUUUACAAAUCAAUGCAUUGUAAGUACAGACUAGUUUCAUAACAUUUCUGAUCUUUUUUUUUUUUUUUUUCUUAUUAACAAACAAUUUCUUGUCAAUUUCACUAUUGGCAAUUUCACAUUGUGUGUAUAAAGAUUGCCACAAUACAGCAUCUGAAUAGCUGCUAUUAAAUGCAAACUGCAAUUUACUUUUCUCUGCAAUAUCAUUUAUAAAUUCCACAAUUCAUUUGUUCCAACAAAAUCUAACUUUCCUUAUUCCAACAUGCCAAUAACCUCUUGCUUAACAACAUAUACAAGAUUACACAAAGUUCCUAACUAGGUUAUUCGUCCAGCAAAUAUACCUUGUUUCCCUCACAUUCCUCACUGAGUUUACAAGCAUUUCACCCAUUCACCCCACCCCCCUGUAGCCAAUACUCAUAGCAGUCAGAGCAAGAGAAAGCAACAAAGAAGGAGGGGGGAGGAGGGAGGAAGACUUGCAAGCACAAAGUUUUUUAACCAUGUGAUUGCCUAAGCACAGCUCUCCUUAGGACAAAAGAUAGAAUAGGAGAGUAACGAUACAAAUUGUAUAGAUUACAAUUAACAUAUAUGGUACCCAACAAGACAUACACAGACAAAAGCACAAAAUACAGAUGUAAUUAAAUCACAAAGUUCUUAAAAUAAAUGCCGGCUUACAAUAAAUCAAAUCACACACACAGAAACACUCAAGCACAUAAACCGCUCCUUUACCGAAGCUUAGCUAUUUAAACUCUUGACCGAGUCCCUCAAUAACUUCUCUACCGAAGUUUUAGUUAAAAUACAUUUUUUUAUUUUUUUAUUAUUAUUUUUUUUUUUUUUAUUAUUUUAUUUAUUUAUUUAUUUAUUUAUUUAUUUAUUUUUUAAACUCUUGACCGAGUCUCGCAAUAACUUCUUUACCGAAGCUUAGCUAAAAUAAAUAUAGAGCCAGGGGUUUUCCACCAAACCCGAACUUGGCUAAACCUGCAAGUGCUUAACCACACUUGGCAGCAUUAUAUAACAGUAUUAAGCAAGUAGUAAAACAGAUUCUCAAACAGACACUUUCACACAUAAAACUCACACUCAGGACUCAGGCUGUAGAUAGACAAGUGACAGGUUCUAUAUAAAAGGGGACAUUCGGGCAUAUAUAUAUUACCUGUCUGAAGACGUUAAACACCGGAAGCCGAAUGUGAAGGCACGGAGAACAAGAGAAAUCCAAAGAAAGGAAAAUAUAGGUAAGUAACUCAUUUACCAUAUGCAGAGGUGAUCAGGCUCCGUUUCCAAUCUCUGGGAAUCCUUUGCUCUCCUGUCUUGGGAUCUGACGGCUGCCUUAGUAACGUAUCCCUUUCAUGCCCGCAUUCUCCACCAAAUUGUUUUGGAUCAAAGAAAACUUUGAUUAUUUGUCUAUCUACACCUUCCAAAUUGAUUUAAUUAAUGCGUGCACGCUUUCCCUAGAAGUAAUUCACACCGGAGACAAAGUUUCUGAUCAGUGAAAAACCCAGGAAUGCUUUAUUCCCCGGAGUGGGGGCUCCUUCUUAAAGCAAAAAUACGUCACAGUUUAAACAUACAGUAUACAUUCACCAAUUGGUUAACAGAGAAAGGGGGCUCUUGUUUAAACCUCCCUACAGAAUGUAGUGUCAUCAUUACAGACUUUUGGAUACACGAUGGGAGGGGGAGUGAGUGGUAUCUAUCAGUUCUAAACCAAUGAUCCUCCAUUUAGCUAUACGUGGCAUAUAGCUGUUUAACUGGCACAAAGGUAGUGGGGGAGGAGUUGGUAAAGGGAGCUGUUAACACAGGAAUUUUGUUUACACAAGGUUUGCUUGAUUUGAAGGGGGAUGCUUAUCAGGAUGAAGAAUUUACAUAGUAAACAGCAACUGAACACAUUGUAGGGGGCGAAGGGAAUAUUUACUCUAGCAGCCAGUUUUAACAUAGUGAACACAGAAUAAAUAGACAUUAGUAAAUAGCCAUUUUAUUUUAAUUCAUCUGUCCAUAACAGCAUCAUAUUCCGACACCUGGCAUCACUAAACGUCCAGAAGAUUACUGCUCCCUCACGUGCCACCCCCUUGCUGCCUCGGCCUCCAUGCUCCCCAGGGCAGGCGGCUCCAAUAUUCCCCGCAGCAGCCACCUUCAAAUCUCCCUUGGCGGCAACCUUAGCUAAAAAGCUGACAAAUCCAAGGCGCCAGGGUGAAAUUUCUAGUUGCCGUGGCGACCUGACGCCUGGGAUUUGUCAAGCCAUGUUGUAAUCAACUCUAUUGUACCAAACGUCUGGGAGCAUGGAGUGCUUCUUAAAUGCAAUAUGCACCAAAUAUCUUCUGCAAAUAAAGCAUAUGUAUGUAGAAAUUGAGAGAAAGUAUUCUAAAUCUUGUAUAUUUUGUCAAAUUGUGCUUAUUCACUGCCAGUUUGAUUGUCAUGUGAAAAUUUCUAUGUCUAAUUCAUCUAUAAUCCAUCAACACCUAGGAAAGUGUCAUUAUACACACAUAUGAUAUAUAUAUAUUAAUAUAGAGGGAAAAGACUGUAGUCCAUCUGGUUCACCCUAUCACAUCUAUUUUAUUUCUGAUUAUAUUAAUCAUGUUAUUGUUAAAAAACAUCAAAUAAAUUAACUAUAUAAUGUAUUAAAACUCUACCCUGGAAUAUCCUGUUCAUGGCUAGGUGUGACACUACAUCGUUUCACACCAUUUGCUGAAAAUUCAGAGGCUAAGGAGAGGUAUAAAAAUUAGCUUUGUCUCUAACAAGAAAAUGUGUCUUUGCUACACUAGUAACCAAGGUAGUUUUUAAAGAUGUAGAAAACAGGCGAGGGAUCAGUAGUGGAAAGAAGACACUGAGGAGGGUGUAAGGUGGGGACACAAAACAGGGAGAGAUGGAGAGAGACACUAAAGUGAGAGGUGAAUUGGUGCUUUCAAAUACAUAGGAACACAUGGAAAUAUAGGAACCUAUGCAUGUGUUAAUAUGUAAAUUAUAUUAACAUGCUCAUCUUCUUCAUGCAUAAAAGGCCUGGAUGAAUAACUUGCUAUACUUUAUCAGUGUGACAUAUAUAUGUGUGGACAUUUAUAUAUAUGUGUGUGUGUGUAUUAGCUUUUAAGCCAAUAUAAUCCUUUUUGCUUUUAGACGUGGAUUAUUACCAUUGAAAAUGAGCUUCCUGACAUCGUGGGCGAUCAUUCCUCUUUUAUUAGGCAGCGUGGGGGUCUACAGUCUGUACAGGCUGCUUCAGCGGCUUCGCAGCAGAGCUUACAUCCAAGAUGCUGUUGUUGUAAUAACAGGGGCUACAUCUGGUCUUGGCAAAGGUAAACAUAACAAGAUUCAAUUAGUUAAUAUUUUGUUAAACUUUCAUCAUCACAUAGUAUUCUUCACAGUCAACUAUCUGAAUACAGGAUUUGUCUCUGAACUGGUCAAUUGUAGACCAAUUUCAAGCAAAUUGCAAACUGUAGACGAAGUCAAAGUGGAAAAAUUCUUGAAUUCUCUCUCCAGCAUGUCUAAAUUUUGCUUUUCUCAACUAAUCCACAACCGCAAAUAUAGUAAAUAUCCUAACAGGUUGACAAAUAAUACAGCCAUGAAUUUAUCAUCAUCAUCAUAUAUUUAUGAUAUAAAUUCAUAUAUACAUAAACUCAUAUGUAUAAAAAGUCUAUGGAUCCUUGCACUCAAGCUAUAACUCACGUAAAUGGCCGGGUGCAAUAUAGCCAGGGCUUCAAUAUCCAAACAUCAUGUAAAGAUUGCUGCACUCACGGUUCUUGUUAAAAUUUUUUUUUUAAAAAUCCAAAUUUUAUUCCAACAUCGUUAAAAAGAUCAACGUUUCAGUCCCUCGGAGGGACUUUCCUCAGGAUCACAAAAAAAAAUGUGAGUGCGGCCACCUUUACAUGAUUUAUUUAUAUAUAUAUUAAUUAAGAAAUAAUUUAAAAAGAUUAAAUGCACAUUGUAUAUAUUGUGAACGUUUCCCUGCAUAAUUACAUUACAAUUAGUUUGACAUAUAGAGUUGUGCUCAAAAGUUUGCAUACCCUGGCAGAAAUUGUGAAAUUUUGGCAUUCAUUUUGAAAAUAUUGACUGAUCAUGCAAAAAAGUGUAUUUUAUUGAAGGAUAGUGAUCUUAUGAAGCCAUUUAUUAUCACAUAGUUGUUUUGCUCCUUUUUAAAUCAUAAUGACAAAAUAAAACAUGCAAAUGGCCCUAAAAGUUUACAUAUCCUUGAAUGUUUGGUCUUGUUACAGACACACAAGGUGACAAACACAGGUUAAAAUGGCAAUCAAGUGUUAAUUUCCCACACCUGUGGCUUUUUGAAUUGCAAUUAGUGUCUGUGUAUAAAUAGUCAAUGAGUGUGUUAGCGCUCAUAUGGAUGCACUGAGCAGGCGAGAUACUGAGCCAUGGGGAGCAGAAAACUGUCAAAAGACCUGCGUAGCAAGGUAAUGGAACUUUAUAAAGAUGGAAAAGGAUAUAAAAAGAUAUCCAAAGUCUUGAAAAUGCCAGUCAGAUUGUUCAAUCACUUAUUAAGAAGUGGAAAAUUCAAGGAUCUCUCAAAACGAAGCCAAGGUCAAGUAAACAGAGAAAGAUUUCAGCCACAACUGCCAGAAGAAUUGCUCGGGAUACAAAGAAAAACCCACAUGUAACCUCAGGAGAAUACAGGCUGCUCUGGAAAAAUAUGGUGUGGUUGUUUCAAGGAGCACAAUAUGACGAUACUUGAACAAAAAUGAGCUGCAUGGUCGAGUUGCCAGAAAGGAGCCUUUACUGUGCCAAUGCCAUAAAAAGCCUGGUUACAAUAUGCCCGACAACACCUUAACACACUUCACAGCUUCUGGCACACUGUAAUUUGGAGUGACUAGACCAAAAUAGAGCUUUAUGGUCACAACCAUAAGCGCUAUGUUUGGAGUGGGGUCAACAAGACAUAUACUGAAAAGAAUAUUAUCCCCACUGUGGAGCUCACUGAUGUUUUGGGGGGGUGUGAGCUCUAAAGGCACAGGGAAUCUUGUGAGAAUUGAUGACAAUAUAAAUGCAGCAUGUUAUCAGAAAAUACUGGCAUUCUUCUGCACGAAGGCUGCACAUAGGACGCUCUUGGACUUUCCAGCAUGACAAUGACUCUAAGCACAAGGCCAAGUUGACCCUCCAGUGGUUACAGCAGAAAAAUGUGAAGGUUCUGGUGUGACCAUCACAGUCUCCUGACUUUAAUAUCAUCGAGCCAUUCUGGGGAGAUCUCAAACGUGCGGUUCAGGCAAGACGACCAAAGACUUUGCAUGACCUGGAGGCAUUUUGCCAAAACGAAUAGGCAGCUAUGCCACCUGCAAGAAUUAGGGGCCUCAUAGACAACUGUUACAAAAGACUGCACAAUGUCAUUGGUGCUGAAGGGGGCAAUACACAGUAGUAAGAACUAAGAGUAUGCAGACUUUUGAACAGGAGUAAUUUCAGGUUAUUCUUUGUUGACAUGUUUUGUUUUAUGCUUGUGCCAUUCUGUUGUAACCUACAGUUGAAUAUGAGUCCCAUAAGAAAUAAAAUAAAUGUGUUUUGCCUGCUCACUCAUGUUUUCUUUAAAAAUGGUACAUAUAUUACCAAUUCUCCAAUGGUAUGCAAACCUUUGGGCACAACUGUAUUAAUUAUUCAAAUAGAAAACUGUGAAGAAAUAAUCAUUUUUAUGGUACAGAAACAGUUAAUGCUGGGGCUAAUUCUAAAUAGUCAUGAAUUUGGGGUGAUAAGUGGUAAUGAGUGAUCAGUGCCGGUGAUUCACUUUUUUCAUUAAUAUUGUCUAUUUUCCUUAAGAAUGUGCCAAGGUAUUUUAUGCAGCUGGUUCACAGUUGGUAUUAUGUGGGCGCAAUGAAGAAAGUCUGGAAGAUGUGGUGAGAGAGCUUAAUCGGAUGCGCAAAGGUUCUGUUAAGGUUUGUUAGUUUUUUAAAUAUGUAAUUCCCUUGCUAGUUCUGCCUCUGAUUGCAGCAGUUGUCCCUAUCUGAGUGAAUAAAAUGAUGGGCGUACUAAAAGAGUACCCUAGUGAAUUUUUAUACAAAUGUUUAGUAAGUUUUAAAUUUGUCAGGCAAUAAAGAUGUGCAUGUGCCUUGACAUAGUGCAGUCAUAUUGUGGCCAGGUAUAUCCCUGACUCUCUUGUUCACUUGUUACCAUCUUUCUUUUGGAAUAUAUUGGACACAGACAUUUCUUCAUUUUAAGACAAUUUUCCAUCCCUGUACCAUUUCGCCUAUACACUUCACUUAGUAUAUGAUGGUAUUACACUAUACAUAUGGCAUAUACAGUUGUAUUCAAAAUUUAAAGGGUGUUAUACUAAGUUUUAAAGAUGCUUGCCAUGAAGGGUUGAAUAAUUUUUUUGAAUGCUUCCAAUGUUGUUUCUAGGAACAUUCAGUGCCAUUGCUAUCUUUUUGUAUCCUGUUCCUUGUUUGUGAAGAGCAAUGAUCACUUCUCUUAACUUAUUUUGCCAUAUCUCUAACAUGCAGUCAAACAUGACACUCAACAAACCCCUAGCCAGUUCAGGUAUUUCAAGUGAUCCAGCUCGAGCACCCCUGGUCCAACUAAUGAAGCCCUUGUUUAAUUGCAUCAGAUGUGCUUGAGACAAUACCUGUUUUGCAUAUUUGUACUGUUGUGAGAAAUUCUAUUCACAGGGUUAAAUAAUUUGAGACUGGAGAUAAGAUGCAUUUUCAGUUGAAUUUGGGGAAACCACUUGAAGCAUUCAUUGUAUUGAGCUAUUUCAUUUGCUUUUGUUUGAUUUGUUCAUUGCAGAGAGUGAUAAUAUUGACAAUAAACCUGAUUGUCAAUGGUGGUUGCAUAAUUUUGAUUAUAACUGUAUAUUACACUCCUACUUGUAUAUCCUAGAAGUUACCUUGUUAUUAUAAUAAUACCUCUACAAUGUCUCCAGCACUUGCACACCCUUUGUGUGGUUAGGUGUGGGUAAAAUUGUUGAUCUGUAUAUAUUGUAGCAGAUGAUUAAAUCUCUUCUCUGCUCAACAGACGCACAAGCCGCAUAAGGUAAUAUUUGACUUGUCUGAUGUGGAGGCUGUUUCCAGUGCAGCGAAAGAAAUCGUAAAACUUGUGGGAAAUGUGGAUAUCCUCAUUAACAAUGCAGGGAUAAGUUAUCGUGGUACUAUUUUGAACACUAAAGUCAGUGUGGACAGAAUGAUAAUGGAUAUCAAUUACUUUGGACCAGUGGCUUUAACAAAAGGUGAGUAAACACUGUCAUUUUGAUGCGAUCUUUCUGCCUUCACGUCAUUGUGUAUAUAUAUAUAUAUAUAACACAAAUAGAUGGCUUGGCACUCUCCUUACCAGGACUUUAUAUCCAACUGCCUGGGUGCAAUAAAAAUGCUUCCAAAUAGUAUACAGUAGAAAUCCAGGAUGCACACACAGGUCUUUCAAAAAAGUACAAUGUGAUUUAUUAGAAGUGAAUUGGCAUACAGCAAAAAAAUCAUUUAUUUUUUUAUUCUUUAUUUUUGCUGUGCAGAAAGAACAAACACCUACCAUGCCAAAACAGCAGGGGUAGGGACAUUAAUAACAUUUAGAUACAUAGGUAUGGCAUAAGAAAUAAGAGCACAUUUUUAAAAUUAGUACAGUAUAUUCAUCAAGCUAGUCCGUCAUGUCUGGAACAAGGAUAAAACAAAGUGUGUCAAAGUCAGAAAAUGGAAUAGACCUGAAGAGAGUGGUAUAGGUAUAUGACAAGGAGUUUAAUCAGGCUAGUUGUACAAGCUGUAUCCACUGAUAUCAUGCACAUCACAAUGUAAAAUAACGUAGAGUGUAACAAAAUGGCAUCUAGUAAACUGUAUGGGCGCAUUGCCCGGUCAGUAGGUUGUCAUGUUAUACACCAAGAAUGGAAGUGUGAAAUGAAACUUCAAGAAUAGAGCCCUUUUUAUAUUAAAUAAGAGAAGUCUGCAAACCACAAUUCUAUGAGAUUAGGCAGAAAGAGAGGGAGGAUAGCUGUAAAAAGAACUGUAAAAUAAAACUCUAAGUAAAAUCAGGAGAGAAAUACCAAAAGGUGGCCAGGUCUGACUGUUGCAAAUAUUUAAGUAGGCACAAGUACAGAGUAAAAUAACUUGGAUAUAUGAAGCAUUAUGGUCAGUGAGAUCAUGUUUGUGUCAGAAUGUGGGUAAAGUCAGUGGAUCCUUCUUCUGACUCCCAGGGAGGGAAUGUCCAAGUCUCUGCCACCCCAAGCUGCACCGAUGGAGCUCCAACACCAUUCCAAGAUGUUACCUUGAUCUUCGUCUGGGGCUUGCUUCCGUGGAUCAGUGGCUCUGUGUAACUGGACAGUGUGAUGUAGGACUCCAUGGCAGAUAGGCUGUGUCGAGCUUGAGUAAGCUUCUUGCCCCAUAGUUGGGGUGAGUUGUGUCGAGUAGGAAGGCUAAUGCCUGGAAGCAUAGACCUCCUCCACGGCUGCCUUUUGCGCUUUCUCCUGUGUAGUGCUACACUGGGGACACUCUGGUGACCAUGACCCAGAUAGUCAGAUUAGAGGUAAGUCCCUGUACAGGAGACUUCUCCCUAGGUGUUGCCGCGCCAAGAUGAGACUCCCUUUUCUCCCCUUGGUUUCCUUCUGUGGGUUGUAUUCGUGAGGCUGCUACACGCUCUUGCAAUACUGCCCAGAAUCUGUCAAAGAUUUCCUCCAGCCUUGUUAGGCAGCGCUCCACAUAGCUAUGCUGGAUUGUUCCGGUUUGUGACAGGUUGUGCCUAGGAAGAUGGGGCCUGUCCACCAUUUUGGUCAGCUGGGCUGCGGUGAGAGUAUCAGUGAUGACGGUGUACUGAAACCACAGCAAAUACAUGUAUCAGGCCAGUGGGGACCGGGAACACCCCCACCGGUCCAGAGGGGGGGAGGAGUACAGCGGGUCCACACUGGGAAUCGGAGAGCGGCCGCCUCACUCUUUCUGUUCCGAGUAGGCCCCAAUAGCAGAUCUCUAGCUUCUGGAGGAUUUUAGUCUCAAAUAGGGACUUAGGAUACUCAUCCAGGAUCCCCUCGUUCGAGUGGGGCUUGUAAGUGUGAGUAACAGCUUGUUGGCUGUUAUAAACCCAGAGUCAGGAGCUCGUGCAACACACGUCUGCUCCGUUUGCUGGCCAGACCCCGCCCCUUGACGUCUGUAUAUUUUUAUUAGUUGCAGUGUAUGCUGCAAUGUACAAAACCAAAACAGAUGCUGUUUUGGGGAAGAAUGCUAAAUAUAGAGCAUUCACCAUUGACAUCUGUAGAAUGUUUGUGAACAUUCAGGACUUUGAACCUGUUUUGCCUUUAUAAAUCUCAGUGUUGGAUUAUAAUUGACAUCUUUUCUAUUGGUUUAUAGCUCAGAGCUCUCCCAAAUCCAUAUGCACAUUCUAAUAACAAAAGAUUUUUAGUACCACUCCAAUAGCCAUUAAAGGGCAAGCUCACUUGCUCCGUCAAGCCACACCUCGAAGGUGAAUCCUACACUAAAAAUUCAUCUUGAACUCUUACUUACUUUUUAUUUCAGUUUUUAGGUAUUUUUGGACUCCUCUUAAUUCACAUCUUAAGAACCAACAAUAUUCUAUAAUAAAUAGUAUGUGCCAUUAUAGCAAACUAGUCCUUAAAGCCUAGCCAGAUGGCUGAAUGGAAUGUUGUACUUACCAUAGGCAUUGCAAGGUCAGGGCCGGCGCAACUGUUAGGCGAACUAGGCAUUCUCCUAGGGCGCCGGCCUGCUGGGGGCGCCCACCAGGAUAUUUCCUGGUGAGCUGCAUGCCCCUGUCUCGGGCCGCAGUGCUGGGCUGAGCUUCCCCCAGCGCCAGGCCGAUCCUCAUGGCGCCCGUAGGUGGUGGCACAGAGAGGAGUCCUGUCACGGGGGGGCCAGUAGGUGGCCAUCUGGCCACCUCAGGGUGCCCCCAGAGCUGUGCCAUGUAAGGCUAAGCAGGCACCUGCUUACCUUGAUGGCAGGUGCCUGCUCUGCCAACAAAUGCUGGUGACUCUCUCCGGAGGAGGGGGGGAAGGGGAAGCCAGGCGGCGAGGGAGGCUGUUCUUGCAGCUUCCCACUCCUCCCUUGCGCGCCCUCUUCGAUGCCGGGAGACGUAAUAUGACGUCAUUCCAGCACCGGCAUAACAGCUCGCUGGAGCAGUGAGGAGCUGCCCCACACUGGACACCAGAGAGGUGAGUGUUUGACUGUCAGUGAGUGUGUGUAUCAGUGAGUGUCUAUCAGUGAGUGUAUGAAUGCCAGUAAGUGUCUGCCUGUGUGUGUGUCAGUGAGUGUUUGACUGUCAGUGUGUGUGUAUGUCUGUCAGUGAAUGUAUGUCAGUGAGUGUGUGUGUGUGUGUGUCUGUCAGUGAGUGAAUGUAUUUAUGUAUGUCAGUGAGUGUCUGUGUGUGUCUGUCAGUGAAUGAGUGUAAGUCUGUCAGUGGGUAUCUGUGUGUGUAUGUAUGUUCGUGAGUGAGUGAGUGUAUGUCUGUCAGUGAGCAUGUGUCUGUCAGUGAGUGUGUGUGUCUGUGUGUUUGUCAGUGAGUGUGUGUCUGUCAGUGAGGGAGUGACAUGAGGGUGUGGCAAAAUUUAUAUUUGCCUACCGCAGCAGAAAUCCUUGCACUGGCCCUGUGCAAGGUCAUGUGGUGUCUGAGGGUAAAUCAAAAAGUUGCACUCCCCAUUAAAGCUCCUAAUCUACCCCCAAAUGAAAACUUUAGAAAAAGAAAGGAUCAGAUUGAGAGACAAAACAUUGCCUCUGGAACGGAAACGCUGGCACCCCGACCGCGUACCUUCCGCCGACGGAUGCUCCUAGUGCUUUUCCGAGGACUCCAAGCACUCUGCCUGACACUGCAGACCCCACGAACCGCUGCAGCUUGGUUGGGAUCUCGCCGUCUCCACCCACUCUGGACCCAGGACCAGGGUCCAGCUUCCAGCAGGUCGACCUCUCUCCGAAUUCCAGAGAGCAGGAACAGGAACAAGCUCUUAGCAGAGCUUAGUGAUUAUACCCUGGGGAGUAUAGUGAUUAUAGCAAUCCCCAGAGUGUAGUUUCUCCAAUCCCCCAAACAUGAGCCGAAACUUCAUGAAGGUACAAGAUGAUCUGACUCCAAUGAGCGUUUAUUACUCCUUAUAUACAAGUUUUCAGGUCAGAGGCACACCCCCUGGACCUGGUGGUAAACUGUGACAAAAGGGACACAAACCAAUGGGAACACUAAUUAACAUGAUAACACUCUCACAUACACAAUGAAAUCCCUCCUCUCCAUCCUGGAGAUAAUUGGCUUAAGGCACUGCAGUAAACUCAAUUAUCUCCAGGUACAGAAAAUAUCUACAUUUAACACUAACAGCAAAAUACGUAAAAGUACAUAAAAAUACAUAAUUCUUAUUUUAUUACACAGAACCCCCACAUUUAACCUAUCCCCAGAUAGCUCGGAUCUGAGCGCCCAAUCUAGGUGAACAGCGCUCAGAUCCCAUGAACAGAGUAGAUUUUCCAUGGGGUAAAGCAUAGCAAGGGCUGUUGAGAAACCAAGGAGGGACAAAAGCAGUCAGUUCCAACUGGUUUGGCAGUGUGCCUGGGACAACGCCCUGCUGGAGAACAAUAGACAGGAAACGGGGGAGGGGAAGAAACACACCUUCCCAUGGAUUCAAAUGGGAAGAAACUGUCUUUAGAAGCCAAUAAGCCCCAAAUAUUCUUUUUAAAUGGCAAUACACCCCAGGGCCAUAGUCAUGAGGAAGGAGGCUGGCAAUCAGGCUCCUCCAAAACCCGGGGGCAAAGGGCAGCUUGUCACCUAACAAUCCAGGGACAAAAGGCAUUUCGUCACAGCCUCUGUUCCUAUUAAAGUAUGCUUUUGGAUUUAACAUUAGUUAACCACUUUGUGCACCAUACAAACAUGCUGACACACAUGGCAUGACCAAUGCAAACAUACUGACACAUAUGCAAAGUGACCUAUACAAAUAUACUAACAUCCAGUGAUCCAUUCAAGCAUACUGACACACACACAGAGUGGCACAUACAAACGUACUGACACACACAGAGUGACCCAUACUAACAUACACACAUUGACCAUAACAAAUAUAUUACCACAUACACAGAAUGACUAAUACACACAUAUUAAAUACCAAUAGUAGAAAGAAAGUCCAGGCACUCCACUGCUCUUAAAGGCCCAUUUAUUGGAACAAGGUGAACACCACAACAUUUCGACCCACAAAUGGGUCUUUGUCAAGCAAUGGUGUGCCUGGACUUUCUUUCUACUAAUGGUAUUUGAACUAUACUAGACUUGUGCUGGCCCUGAGUCUUAUUGCCCCUUAAUUUGGCUCAUGAGAAUUGAGUGCAGUUUUUUUUUUUAAAUCAUUUUUAUUGGUUCAUCAGCAUUAUACAUGACAUGGUAAUACUGCACAAUACAAAUGAUAAAACAUAUGACGUGCAUUGUGCAUGAGUACAUCAUAUGGACAAUGUAUAUAACGUUGUUAUUGUUGUUGUUGUUUAGUCGUUCAGUCAUGUUCGACUCUCCGUGACCAUAUGGACCAUAGCACGCCAGGUAUAUCUGUCAGUCACUGCCCCUCUGAGCUCCAACAACUUCAUGUCUUUGACUUCAGUGACAUGAUCUACCCAUCUCCGUCUCUGUUGUUUCCUUCUUCGUGUCCCUUUAAUCUUUCCCAACAUCAGAGUCUUCUCUAGAGAAUCUUUCCUUCUCAUUAUAUGGCCAAAAUAUUUGAGCUUCAGCCUCAUGAUCAUAGUUUCCAGUAAACAGUUUGUCUUGAUUUCCUGUAGUACGGAUUUAUUGGAUCUUCUUGUAAUCCAAGGGAUUCUAAGCAGUUUUCGCCAACACCACAGUUCAAAGGCAUAAAUUCUACGACGCUCAGCCUUCUUUAUAGUCCAGCUCUCACAUCCAUAUGUUACUACUGGGAAUACCAUAGUUCUGACUAUGCGGACCUUUGUUGAUAGUGUAAUAUCUUUCGUUUUUACCAGAUUGUCCAAGCUUGCCAUAGCUUUCCUCCCCAGAAGCAAACAUCUUUUAAUUUCAUGACCACAGUCACCAUCUGAGGAGAUCUUGGAUCCCAGGAAAAUAAAAUCUGUCACUGCCUUCACUUCUUCCCCAUCUGUUUGCCAUGAUCUUAGUCUUUUUAACAUUAAGCAGCAGUUAAGCAGUUUAUAACAUAUACACAACUAUAUGUCAGUCUUCGGCUAUGACAUUGUUCCAGUUUGAACUUUUUUUUUUUUUUUAAUUGUCAAUGGUGGGGUUGAACAAGGGGAAAUAGUGUUCGAGGGAAAUGCUGGGAAUAUUGGGUGGUGUGAUGGGAGGGGGGCAGUAUGGCUUUCUUUUCCUUUUUUCCUGUAGUACAAACAUUUUGACACACAGACAGAGUGAUCCAUUAAACCACACUGACACAUAGACAGACUAUUCCAUACACACAUACUGACACACAGUGACACAUUCAAAUAUACUGAGACACACGCAUCGAGACCCAUACAAACAUAAUGACAUAUAAACAGAGUGAACCAUACAAACAUAUUGACACACAGUGACCCAUACAAACAUAUUGACACACAGAGGGACCCUUACAAACUUAUCUAGUAAAGACAAAAAUUGGGGGAACACCCGAAACAGGCAUUUCUCAGCAAUAGUGCUGCUGUACAGACCAACAUUUAUAUAUAAUACAGAUUAAGGAACAGCGCACACAUAAAAAUACCAUUUUAAAUGUUAUAAGGCUACUUAAAAUCACCUAUCAGCAAACAAAUAAGGGGAUUCAGUUCCACUAUAUGGCCAUAUUAUGUUAAACCCACCACUACUUUGCAGUACCCCAAUAUCAGUGGUUCCUACACUAAUUACAACGUGGGAGACACAUUAAAUAGUGCUAGUGCUAAAUGAGCUAAAGUGUUUUUAGUAAUCUGUUGUAACACAAUAUGGCCAUUUAGUGUAAAUUAAUCCCCAUAUUUGUUUGCUGAGAUAGGUGAUUUUAAGUAGCCUUUUUUAUGUGUGCGUUGUUCCUUACUCCAUACAAACAUAUUGGCAUACACAAAGAGUGACCCGUAAAAACAUACUGAUACAUACAUAGAGUGGCCCAUACAAACAUACUGACACACUUUGCCCUCAGUUAAGUUGUGUCAUACCAAAAGUGGCUUGAGGCCUCACUGCACCUGGACAAGUCUGGUGAUGCCUGUCCCCCAGCUUAUCUUGCAUUGCCCAUUGUCUUGGCUGCUGGGAUAUAACAUUUAUAUAUCCCCCGCUGCCUUUAACUUUACGAGUAUCGUGAAAGGCCUUUUAUUAUACUUAUUUUCAGUCUGUAUUUACUUGCUAUUACUUUUUUUUUCUCCCUUUAAAGCUCUUCUUCCUUCCAUGAUCAAGAAUGGGCGUGGGCAUAUUGUUGUAAUCAGCAGUGUCCAAGGCAAAAUAAGCAUCCCUUUCCGAUCAGCAUGUAAGUACAUAGCUCCCUAUUAAUUCCCUAUUAAUUUUUUGAAAUUUUAUGAUUCUUGCAAAAUGCACUAAUCUGUCUAAACAAGCACAGUUCAUUAGGUACAGAAGAAAUGCAUAAGUUAUGAAAUAUUUCCUUUCUUCCUUCCCUCCCUCCCCUUCCUUUCCUUCCCUCCCUCCCUCCCUUCCUCCCAUAAAUGGCUCCCUUCCUUUCUCUCCCUCCCUCCCUCCCUCCCAUGAAUGAAACAAUAGGGAGAAGGACAAUAAGAGAAACAAAGGUUUAGGCAAUAUGCCCUAUAUAGAUAAUAAACAAAAUGUAGGGAGAUAAUAAGAGAACCUAUAGAUGAAAGUAUAGGUUGAAUAUAGAUGGACAUGUAUAAAAGAAUAGAACAGAACGGAACAAGGUUUCAGGAAAAUAAGACUUUAGUGAAUCAGCCCCCUCUUGGAAGGAGUACUGAUAAAGUUUGCAAAUAACACCUUGCAAUAUUAGAGGCAAAGUCCAGAUUGGUGUUAUGCAGGUUGAUGUAAAGCUAGUUGGCAGGAUAAAGCAGGAUAGAAGUGUAGGUUAGGCUGGUUUGGAGCAGGUCGGUAUAAAGCUGGUUAGCAGAAUAGAAGUGUAGGUUAGGCUGGUUUGGAGCAGGUCGGUAUAAAGCUGGUUGGCAGGAUAGAAGUGUAGGUUAGGCUGGUUUGAAACAGGUUGGUAUAAAGCUGGUUAGCAGGAUAGAAGCGUAGGUCCACAGGAACAUUUACAGGAGCCAGGAACUGAAGUCUUUCAGGAUGAGCAUCGACUUCAUUGUAAAUGCCAUGUGGCAAGUUGUGUGUAGCCUUUUGUAGCUUCUUGAUUAGUCCAGGCAGGUGAGGAUGACGAACGUGAAAUCAAAGGUUAGUGGUUAGGGAGGCCACUAGUGGUGCAGAUCUGGAACUAGUUAAUAAAGAAACAGGAAUAGACGAACAUAAACUUAGUUGUCAGGAUAGGAUCUUUCUUUCUCUCUUUCUUUCCUUCUUUCUUUCUUUCCUACUUUCUUUCCUUCUUUCAUUCUGAACAAAGGUGUUUCAACUUUUUGGAAUAAAAAUGGGGGAUUUGUAUAGUUUUUAGCAUAUAUUGAUCUAUUAAUGAUUAUAGGAGUAAAUUAGUGCCAUCCUAUGGUCUAUAAUAACUUUUUAAAUGCAUGUUUUGGCAGAUGCUGCUUCCAAACAUGCUACACAGGCAUUCUUUGACUGUCUAAGAGCAGAGAUGGCAGAUACUGAUAUCAACGUUACUGUGAUAAGCCCGGGAUACAUCCAGACAAAUCUGUCUAUGAAUGCAGUAACUGAUGACGGGUCCAAAUAUGGAGGUUUGUUACCACUAGCUGGUUAUUUAAAAUGUUAAAUAAGAAAUUAACAAGGUGAAAUGUUAUAGGUACAACAUUUAAUUGAGGGUUAUGUAUGUCCCCAAAGAAAACAUGCAUGGAAUUUAUUUUGCCUGUUUUCAUUCGGUGUAAUGAAAACUUAAAUGGUUACUCCAAUUACCAUGAACACUUUAGUGAUUUGAACUUUCGUUGUGCAGAAUGACAGCCAUUGGCUGAGGGCAGUCAGUUGUCACUCUCAGUCCAUGAAUGGCAACCACCGUGGCUUCUCCAGCUUUGCAGAAGCUGGAAGCGUGUCACUGGAUCGCCAGGUAGCAUCAGAGCUUGGCAGCAAACCAGGUGAUUAGCAAUUCACUGUUAGCAAACUGUUUUGCAAUUCAGCAACAUUACCAGGGAGUUAGUAAAACCUAGGAAAUUAAAUUCUCAGGCAAUAAUGCUCCUUUCCAUAUGUAAGUUCAUUGUGAGAAAUAAAAUAAUCAGUAGUAAUGUUUGUCCUGCUAAGUGAACAUGUCUCUUUCCUUCACUGUUUAGUAACGGAUAAAAACACAGCUGAAGGAAGAUCACCAGAAGAUGUGGCACAAAUUGUUCUAAGAGCUGUGGGUGAACGAAAAAAGGAAGUCCUGGUGGCUGGAGUGGUUCCUACUUUAGCAGUGUACCUAAGAACUAUUGCCCCUAAAUUAUUCUUUGCUAUAAUGGCAGCAAGAGCCAAGAAGGAAAGGAAGCUGAAGAAUGCAUAGAGUAAUAUAAAGAUAAAGCUAGGGAAAGACUGUGAAAAUGGAAAUGGUAUUACACAUGCACUGUUGCUGGUGGAAGUCGCAAAAUCCUAAUUCCAGAGCUACAGAAAUUGUAGUGCUCAUUGACUUUUGCCAUUCUUUGGAGACUUGACAUUAUCUAAUUUUUGUGAUGCUAGACUUACUCAUAAUUUUGAGAGCCAAUUGAUUUCUAAGAAAUAAAAUGUGAGCUCACAGCAACUGUAGACUCUAGUAUGUUGUCUGGGAUAGCUAACACCAAGUAGUACCAGAAUGGGAAAAAAAAACAUUAUAAUCUUUAAGGCAAUCCACUAUGGGAAUACUUUUUAUUUUAGAUUCCCAUAAUUCAUAGAUCAUGUUUUAUAACCUCGAAGUUAUAAAUUACUAGAAGAUGGUAGGGUAGUGAUUUUUUUUUAACAUGCAUUCUAAAUUUGGUAGAUCUACUUACCUUUGAGAUUUGAAAUUGCAGUGACUCUGUCACGUGCAAACAAACAUAUUUGUAAUUGCAUAAUUUAAUUACAUUUGUUCUUCAGAUUAUUUUUGGAAAAUAUAUUUUGAUAUAUUUAAGGAUUAUUCACCAAUGUGUGUACUGUUGUUAAAGGAACAAUGUAGUGUUAGGAAUACCAAACUGUACCUCUGCACUCUCCCACACACCCUGACCCUACGCUAGUAAUGAAAGGGUUAAAAAUCCUUUAAACACUUACCUGUCUCAAAUGCCGAGGCCCCUCAAUGCUAGAUUGGUCUCCUCCUCUUCCGAACUCAGUGUAAUUCCAGGACCUAAAGCGCAGAUUAAGCCUUCCCCAUGGGAGCUAACCUCCAUGAAACUACAGUAAGCGCCUUUAGUGGCUGUUUGGGAGACAGCCACUAGAAGCAGUCUUAACCUUACAAUGUAAAAAUUGCAGUUUCUGUAAAACUGCAUUGUUUUGCAUUGCAGGGUUAAGGGGACAGGGACACUGCACAAACCACGUCAAUGAGAUGAAGUGGUCUGUGUACCUAUAGUGUCCCUUUAUUUAAAAGUAAAUUUCAUAUCUUAGGUCAAAUCAGCGAAAGUGGACAAAUUCUCUAGGACAGCUACGUUUUGUUUUCAUAGUCUGUGUUUGUUGUGUGGGUGUGGGUGUGUGUGUAUGUGUGAGGAAAGUCCCGAACGGGGACUGAAACGUUGACGCUGUCUAGCAUCAUAUUCAUUUUUUUAUGUGAAGAUUAAAAGCUAAGUUUUACGAAGACUGUGAGCGCAGACCAUCACUUUGAUUAUUUUUUUUGUAUACCAAUGACCUUGGUAUGGCAUCCGGCAUAUAUGGCAAUACUACAUUUAACCUGUGUGCAGGGAAAUUCUGGAUCUGUAUAUAUCUACACAUACACACACACACACUAAGGACAGUCUCUAUUCUUAAGAGAAUCUCAAAGUACUAUCCUAUCCACAGCUUAUUUGCAGACGUUUGUAUACGUGCUAUUUAUAGAGCCUCUUCUUUUAGAAUAAGUAGCUUGGGGAAGGAUAGAAUGAGACUAUAGACUAAAGACUGCUGAGUAAAAUAGGACCUUUAAAUAAUGAUUCUAAAAAUAACAACUAUUCCUGUCUCCUAAAAGCUUCUAUUCACUUUUCCAAAUACAGAAGUCGAGUAUAUCAGACUGGCACCACUUCUUUUAGAAUACGUAGCUUGGGGAAGGACAGUAUGAGACUGUAUAGACUACAGACUGCUGCGUAAAAUAGUACCUUCAAAUAAUGAUUCGGAAAAUAACAACCAUUCUUGUCUCCUAAAAGCUUCUAUUCACAGCAGACUAGCCCCACUCAUACAGGUCUAGAGAAUUCAAAGUGAAUUUAACAUUUAAGGCCAAAGUAGCCAGACUAAAUCAGCAUAUAGCUGAUUAAGAGAAUCUUUUUCUAUUUUGAUUUUUUGUAUUUAAAGGGUUACUCCAACCACUAUGACCACUUCUACUUUUACUUUUUUUAUUUUUAUUUUUUAAUUCUUUAUUUCAUCCAUUCCAUAUGUGUUACAUCAACGGUUUAUAGAAUAGCAAAUAAAUCACAGUUAAAUCAGUACGAUAUCGUAGUUUCACAUAAAGAGGCAUAUAGAAUGGGUUUUUAUAAAAUUAAAUUAAAACAUGAGGCAAUAAGAGAUAACUGGCUAGUAAAGCCCUUCGCAAGGGGAAGAUGGAAUCAGUGCCAACUCAGGUAGACUAAAAUCCUCGUAGGGCUACACCCUCCCGGUUCUAUAGUGGUGGGCUAAGGAAACUUUAUCAAAUAUUUUGGGGAGGGAGAGGAAAUCGGAGGGGAAUAUGCAGAAACACACAAAUAGAUCAGAGCUAAUAUAUCAGAAUAAAGGCAGCAAC